AUGAAUGCAAAAUUCGUGCGUUUUCAUGUCGGGGCCGAAUGUUUCGUCCUUAUAACUCGUUUGUUGUGGCUUAAAGGAGUGUUAAAACUUCGUCAGCUGCAGAAGAUCAUUCAGUUCGAGAACGUUUAUGGUUACUAUGGAUUCCAACAUGGCUGCCAGACUCUUGGUUACUCUCUUAGGAUUAAGUUAAGUUUGCUUUGUUAAAAUCUUUUUCGUUUUAAUAGAGGAACAAUUAUUGAUACAGAAGAGGACAUUUACAAGAUGGAUUAAUCACUUUCUUCAAAAGGUAAGGGUUAUUUGGUAAUCCCCUUCCAAUUUGUUAAGCUGAGUUAGAUUUAAGUCAAUUUGAUAAGCAUCAAAUGCAGUUUCAGGAUUGUUAUUUUGUUCAUUAGAUUAUGACAAGACAUCAUUUCGUUAAUUGUGUCAAUAAGUCAAACUCAUUCUGAAGUAAUGAAGUCAGUUGGGAAGUCAGGAAUGGAACCUGCUUUCAGCUUUUCCUCGGUUGUGUCUGAAUUUUCUUUCUGCUAUCUGUUCAGUCAGAGGCAUAUGGACAGACAGUCUGUUUUUCGGUCAGUUGAUAGUCAGUUACUCAUUCAUACUAGUAUCCUGUCUGGUAGUUGUCAGCUUGUUCACUGAUCUGUCAAACAAUCAGUUACUCAUUCAGUCAAUCUAUAGUUGUUCCUUUUGUCUGUUGUUUCCUCCAUUAUUUCUUGUUUUGUGUGUGUGCCACACUUGAAAGAUAUUUCUAAUGUUGUUCUUAACUCUAACAUUCUUCCAUUAUCUUGACAUUGCUGAUUCUAGUAUUUAGUAUUUAUAUGAACCUUCCUGCUUCCCUGUAGCUCAGUUUGUAGAUCAUCUGUUUACAAAGUCACAAAUGAUGCGGGUGUGAUUCCUCAUAGGGUACACAGAUGUUUUCUUUCUCUCUCACCCACAACAAGUAAUUAAUGUCUCUCUUUUUAUGAAUCUUUUGGUUGCUUGUGUGGUGUUUGGCUCUUUCACUUUUAGAAAAGGAGCCAUUUUGUGUACAAACAAGGAUAUAGGAAAUAGGUAUUUUGGUACUUACGGUCGGAAGAUGGGUUAAACAAGCUUAUUUUACUGUUUAAACAGAAUCAAGUAGAUAGGUAUGAACAAUGCGAUCAACAUGUUUCUAUUUACUGUUUUCGACUGGAAAAGUUUUGACUCUGUUUUCAGUCAAUGUUUGGUCUACAUCACACUGUCAACCGACUGUCGGUAAUGUGUUGGUAACCUGUUGGCUGACAGUUGGCCGACAGGUCACUGACAGCCGAAAAAAGGGGAACCAUCGUUCACUCUUACCCAUAUAUCUACAACCACUAGUGAAAGUGAUGCUUCUUAUUCAGUGACUUAUUUGGUGAUAGUCAUCAUGAAAUCAGCUGAUUACUCAGUAACAUCAAUUUUGACACAAUGAGAGACCAACCAAGUCUUCUUAGUAAUAUUAAGAUCCUUGUAUUUUAGACAACUAGUUUUUAGUCAUUCUCUUCUUGUUUGACAGUUUAAUAUCUAGUUUACAUUUGAACUAUCAAAUUCAUUUACUUUCAAAACAGCACAAGCCUCCAUUACAUAUUGAUGAAUUAAUUGAGGAGCUUAAAGAUGGCACAAAGUUACUGGCUCUGUUAGAAGUGUUGUCAGGAGAAAACUUGGUGAGAAUAACAACUGCAAUAGUUAUCUUGUUCCCGUAAGUCUUGAGGAAUGAGCCAAAUAGGUUAUAACCUAGCACAUAAAGGGAUUAAAGGGGCAAGGUUUUUAAAGAGGCUGUGAUGUUGCAUACUUUUAUCAACUGAGUUGAUCAUUGAAUUGGCCACCAUGAAGAGAUUAUAAAGUUAAUCUGAUGUUUGGAAGCAUUAGCCCUGAUUCACUUUGAUGAGGGGCCAACACUUAAGCUCAUGACUCAUUAUUUGUAACCAACAUUUCAACUGAUCUCAGUGUGCAUGUAUGACUGUAAUAUUUGUACUUUCAGCUCAAAGAAAAAGGAAAUAAGAGACCACAUCACCUUGCAAAUGUUGGAGCUGCCUUGAAAUUUUUGACAACCAAAAAUGUAAGCAUAUGUAAUAUAGAGAAGUGAACCUAAAUGUAUCAGUCAUGAAUGUUAACUUUAUUAAAAUGCACUGCUCGUGGUUAUAGGUAAAAAAUAUAGUUAAAAAGGCUUUUAAGUCGUGUAAAGAAGGAGGUUAGGGGAACACUGAUAGGUAAGAUCAAUAAACAUUUUCUCAAGAGGUACAGUACAUUUGUUAGUUAUUAGUUAAUGUUCAUUUUUCUAUGAUGCUGAGGUCAUACAAUUUUUUUGUGGUUUCGGCAGGCAUAUUCUGAGUAGUCUUUACUAACAGAGAUGGUCUUAGUAAUCCAGUGAUUGUGAAAUGAACUCAAAAACCUUUUGCCUAACUUGAAUGUAUGGAUUACAAUCCCCUCUUUCCAUAUGUUCUUUUCAGGGAUUAGAGAAUAGUUAUUCUUACAAGAAUUGUAAUGUAUAGGAACAGAGACAAAUGUGUAAAUUAUGGUGAGAUGUACACAGAUAUGGUUAGAGAACUUACAUAUCAAUUUUUGCAUGUUCUAGGUGAAAAUUGUAAGCAUCCACAGAGAAUCUGUAGUUGAUGGAAACCAAACAUUUGUUCUUCUAUUGAUCUGGGGCAUUAUUAACCAUUAUCAGGUAAGCAAAGUCAUACUCACCCAAGUGGGGAGAGGUUUGGAUUCAACAAGCAUAGUUCAUUUGAAAGAUAAUUGGGUUGUGGCCACCUUCUGUUAAUGACAUCCUGUGUGUGUAAAAUAUUUUCAGACUUAGUGUAUGUCAUGAGGAGGCAGUGUGGCUGAGUGUUGAAGACCCUACUGGUUAGGCUUGUAAUCAGGUGGUCUUUGGGUCUGACAAGUCCUCCACUCACAGGGGGACCAAGCUAUCUAUUAGAAGAUAAUAUUAUAAAGCUUUGUAUGGGGGUUUAGGCUCUGCUGGAACCAAAUAAAUAAUAUAGCAUAUGAACUCCAACUCCUUGGCUGCACUUUGUGUAUUGUCUUUGACUGGUCUGCAUCCUACUAGUUUGGAUUUUUAACCUGGAUGUUCAUUCAUUCAUUCAUUCAUUCAUUCAUUCUUCUGUAUUAUCCUUGAAAACCUUCCUUGGGGGAGUGGUCAAUUAACCUAAUAUCACUCCCAAGAUCUCAUGAGCAAUUCUCCUUACUGCCUGUCAAUACUUAUGAUGUCAGUUUGGAGAAUUUGGUAUUAGAUCAACUUGUAAUCCCUUAGGUGAGUUUUCUUCUUUAUUCUCGACACUUGUGUGCUUGAUGCUGUAUCGAUAAUGUAAGGAGAAAUUCUUUCUUGGUCACUCUUGGGAGUUAAAGGUUUAAGUAUACAUCUCAACAUGACUAUGGCUUGCCAUUCUUAGCAAAGGACCUUUUUUUCUACACAAUUAGUGUUUUUGUCUAUGCAAACUUUUAUUAAUCAACCCGGCAACUCAUUACUAAGAUUAGACAGUAGGUUGUCUGAUAAACAUUUAUAUUGUGUACCAGGUGGAAGGAUUUUAUGCAAACAAAAAGAAGUCUAGGACAAAGAAAUCUCUCCUGGAAUGGUCUCAGAAAGCUAUCCAAAAAGCUACAGGGUAACUUCCAUUUCAUCUUCAUUGUAAUUCAGAGCAAAGAUACUUAUUAAUAUAUUAGAGCAGUUUUCAAAUAAGUAACUAAAGCCAAAGUAAUCACAACUACCAGUCAGGACAAAGGUUACCAGUGUAUAUCUGGUCACCUGAUGAAGACUAGCAGAGUACACUCAUUGCAGUAGUCAUGAAUGCAUUUGAUAGCCUGACUCUAAAUCAAGUGACAUUAAUGAUUUUACAGAUGUUUCAUGUAUUAUGUAACUUCAGUUAUCAUAUCGCCACAGGAUUAGUGAAGCUGUGAAAAACUUUAACACCAGCUGGAAGAAUGGCACGGCAUUCCUGCAGAUUAUUCAUGCAUUUAGGUAAGAUUGUAUCAUGGGGGACUCUGUUAUAUUUUUUUCUAAAUAUGAUAUUUGUAUAGGCAAUCACAUGACUUCAAAUGCAUUUUUGAAUAAAUAAGCACACGUAAAUUUUUCCAAAGACUAACAAAAUUGUAUAAGCCCAUAGGGUGAGUGUAAUUUGUGGUCUUUGAAAAAAUUUACAAGUGCUUAUUUAUUCCAAAUUGCACGAGAAAAAUCAUGUGAUUACGUACUAAUGAUAUACAUGAAAAAAUAUGAGAUAGCUUAUCAUAAUUAUGCAGAAGCAAAGUGCACGCAUCAAGUGCAAAAAUAAUUUAUUCAAACCAUGCGAGUGACAUUGUGCAUUUGGUCAAAACAACUGCAUAUGAUCAAAACAAUAAUAUACAAUGAUAUUUUCACAUCUUUAAGGCACAAAAAGUUCAAAGUCAGGCUAAACAGUUCAAGGAAUUGUUCAGUCAGUUUCUUUGCACUGAAUUAACCCUCUUCUGCAUUGGAUUACCAGAAAACCGCAUUAUCUUAACCAAUCAGAAUUGAAUAAUUUUUUCAUUUAUCUUAUUAGUUUUAAAACAGUGCAAGAAUUGAUCUUUCAAAUGCCUUUUAAUUUCAUAGUUCAAUUUUUUGUAUGCAGUCAAACUGAGGUCAUGAUUUUAUUAAGACAAAGGCUUAACCUCAAAAUUUUUUAAGUUGGCUUGUUUGAACUGAAUACAUAUUUUUCUUGCAGUACUAGCGGUUAGUCUUUUGGAAAAAUUACUGUGUUUAUGAAACGUUUUUUUAACCCUUCACGCCUCUUACAUCAAAAUGCAAGUUCUCCACUUUUCUCUUAUAUUUCCUAUGGUACUUAUAAAGAGAAUUUAUCUAACAAUCAACAGCUUCCUGAGUUUACUAUCAUGUCCUUAAUUGUUAUAACCCUAAUGUUUAAUUUAGUGGUUAUACCGUUGGAAGGAAUUACGUGUUUAUCACUCUUAGGUGUUAAAGGGUUAAAUUGGAGAUGGUUUACGAUGCUGUUCUGUGAAACAACGUGCGGCCAAAAUUUAUCAUACAACCAGCCCUAUCAAUUAAAACUUAUCAGUGAAAUACUAGUUUAGUGAUGUUCCCUUUGGAGAUAUUAGACAUAACUGACAUAAUAGCUGAACCUCAUUAAUGUAUCUCAGUAUUUCACGAAAUUUGAGGUCGAAUCUGCUCUGCCACCUGGCUAUGUGUUCAGACAUUUCACAGCCUCAACAUUAUUCUCCCAGAAUGCACUAGGUAAUGACAAGCACCCCGCGAGCAAAGUGAGUGCAAAGUUUGUUGUUUGUCGCGUGUUUGACGUUUCCGCUGUAUCUUUUAAUGAUCACCUGUUUCAUCCUCCGCCAUUUGGGAAUUAAUUGUUGGUGGGAAUUUCUAGUUUAGUCGUAUUGAUAUUUGAAGGGACUGAAUAAGCACAGGACUCUAAACUGCAUGAACACUUCAAUGAAGUUGCAUAUUCGUGCUGUAUGCUUAUUUUUUCCAAAAUAAAACGAUAAUGAGGACAAAAUGUACGAUUUUUGAGGCAUUUUUGGGCAUAUUUUAGUGAUGGUGACUCGUUAUGUAAAGGAGAUUUAAGUAAUCAGGACAGUCUAAUAUCACUGAGUCAAGACGAACCACUUACUAAAAAUCUUUCCUAUCCUUUUUACAUACAUGACGUUGUGCAGGGUACCUGUCACCUAUCAACCAUAAUACAUGUACCUCAGCGAUAAAAAAAGAGCUUCUUUUUUUAGGGUUCUUUUUUGUUCAAGUCUGGGGUGUAAAUUUUAACACAUCAAGAGAUCAUGUGGAGUAGCCAGAAAGGUUUUCAAUGCGAACAAAAAGCGCUCAUUUUUUUGUGUGUGCGUAUGAAGUAGAUGUAUAUAUGAAAUUUUCAAAUUACGCACAUUUUUAAUGGCACGAAUCGCUCUGCGUAAAGGGGUUUGGAAAUGAAGAUUAAACCUCAUUUAAAUACACUUAUGGAUCUGCAAGUAAAUUAAUUUGCAGGUGGUUUUGUUUUAAUAGAUGAAGUUAUUUAAUUAGUGCCGUGUUUAGAAAACAUGGUUGUUUUCGCAACAUUUCCCUUUUUGUCAAGUGUUACGCUUGAAGCUUUAAACUCGAAAUCUUUCGUUCUAACUGCAACCUGGAAAUGGGCGGUUGUACAAGUUUGGUCAGUUGUUUACGAAGGCGGAUUGGAAAGCGGUAAAUUGGGCUAAAAUUAACAAUUAAAGAAUGCAUUCACACUAGAGGCAUGAGGCUAGUCAAUACCGAUUCUUAGCUUUGGUCGACUGUCUCGAAGUGAAGCAGGCGCCGUGAGAAUUGUUGCUCCUCUUUAGGAGGGUGCUAGCUCUCGUAAAAUCAUCACAACAAGGAUGGUUGUCUCCCUGCUCGCUACAAUUUACCUCAGAGUUUGAUUUUGUUAUAUGAUCAGCAGAAAAAACGUGGUCAGAAACGUAACGUCUUAUGAUAUGCAACAGUGUUCGAACCCUGAACUUUCCAUGUGUAGCAUAGUGUCGUGUCUUUUUGGACUGCCGUACAAUUGUGUGUAUAACUCAUUGAAGUUCUAACUUGCAUAUGCAUUACUGUGGUUUGAAUUUUUAGGCCUGAUUUGGUGGAUAUCGGCUCAAUGCAAGGUCGUAGCGACGUUACAAAUCUGAAGGAAGCGUUCGAUAUGGCUGAGACACAUCUUAAAGUGCCCAAACUUUUGGAUCCAGAAGGUGUGGGAAUAUUCCGUUAACUUACCUAUGGUGAACAGUUUCAAAUAAACUUCGGUAGGGUUAAGUGUGGCCCAGUAAUGGAACGAUUUUUCUGCGCAGUAAAAUAAUUGUCUCUGGGUCCACAACACAGGUGUUUUCUUUUCGUUGAAAACAGUGAAAAAAAACAACAACAAAUUAUGUUCUUCAAGAAAGAUUUCUUAGUAAAAACCUUGCACUAAAUUAGACACAGUCUUCAAACUAAACAAACACCAAAUAGGAUUUAAUCUUGUAAUCGAUAUGAGAGGAAACUUUUCGUAAAUGGUUAUGUUUUGAAAACAGGCUUAAUAUCAACGUUGGUUAUUCGUAGGCUCUUCUGUCAGAUUCACACCUCCAACAGGUUCAAUGGGUCGCGUGACUUUUCGCGUGACUUUCGUGCGACUCUCGUGCGCCUGGUACUGGUUUCGCCUUCCUUCUUUGUUCUCUGAUUGGUCCGAGAGACCAGAUACCGUUUCGAGAAUGAUAAAGUUAAUCAAUAGUUUAAAUUUUGAGUUUUAGGACAUUCUUUCAAGCGUGUGACGUUUUCUUCACAGACCUUACUGUGGAAAAACCUGAUGACAGAUCUGUCAUGACAUAUGUGGCGACACUCUGUGACACUCUUGAGGCACAGAAAACGAAGUCCCCAAAACGACCUGCCUCACCGUCGAAAACCUCACCAAAAAGACCGUCCUCGAGCUCUCCGAGCCCCUCUUCAAAAGGAGUCGGGACUAGAACUCUUAGUCCCGAACCCAGCUCUCCCGGGUCGCCGACAGAGCAAGCCAGAAGGAGCCCCUCUCCGGCAAGAACAAAAUCAACAGGAACAACUUCUCCAACGAAGGGAGGUAACGAAAAGGCAGUUACCUCCUCACCUACCCCUCCCAUAAAAACAAACGAACAGACUAGAAGAAGUUCAUUGCCUCUGAAAUCCAAAGAUCAGAAAACUUCCUCCGCGGGAAACGAAACAGUCCGAGGAAAGCUGACUACACCCAACUUAAGCUCAGCUACCAAGGAAAGCUUUAGAAACGGAACCCCAAGUCCUAAAACGUCUACUGUGGAGGAACCCAUGGACAUCUCUCCCACUAGAGAAACGAAUCCCUCGCCGCCGAAGAGACGCGAAACUCGAUCGCCCAGCCCUUCGCCAACUUCGGCUGCACCGAAAAAGCCUCGGGUAAGCCAUGGGAAACUGUCGGUGGCAUCGGAUCAUGCUGAUAGGUUGAAGAACAAGAGGCAUUCACUCGCUGUGGAAAGCAAGAAGCUGUCUGCAGCCGGCGAUUCCGGCCGCAAGAAGAGGGCAAGCUUUGCCGGGUCGCUCAGUUCGGUGCGUAAGCUCAGCUCAACGGGACCUGCGCCGAUGGAUGUUGAUUCCUCUUCGAGUGAUUUGGAAGAGUCCGAGGUGAGAUCACUUUUUCGAUAUUUUAUUUUUGUUUUACUUGUGCGCCUGAUAGUAGUUCAAUGAAACAAUACGUGAGCGCACCAAUCAUCGGAAAGAACUAGCAAAGAACCAUUAAAAGAGGAAAAAAGAAAGACAAACACACAGACAAACAGACAAGGGUUAAGAAAAGACACUGAAAGAUGUGAGAUUUCGCAAAAAAACAUGCAGUUAUACAAGUUCUGUGUAAUUAAUACUAGGGUCGCGGCGCACAACGACGGUCGGUUGAAUUUUAUCAUAACAAUAACAAAAGCAAUGAUAGUAGCAACAAGGGGAAUAGCCCCGAUUAUUGAAUUGAAUUGGCAGCAAGAGUAAACUACCGCAUCAUACUCACAACACUGAUGAAAAAAAUAUUGAAAAUGAAGAAGUUAAUAGAUAAAUGAAGAUGGGAAAAAACAACAGCGGGCUCAAAAGCAAUCAUGACACCAACCUUUCAGCUGUCGUUUCUCUACCGCUAAAAUUAUGUAAGCGGUUAUUAAGAAUUUUUUUCCUGGUUGUGUAAAAGAGAAUUUUAUGCACACUACAUUUUGAAUUGCAAGCUUCUCCAGUGUAAAAGUUGCCGUUUAAGAUGAAAUUCGCGGCAUAUUCCUAGAGUUCAUCUUUUCCUUCGUUUAAACGUGGUGUAUUAGUUUUCUGUUAGACUUUGGUGCCGUUGAUUUCAAAUCUUUCGUGAAUUAUUUCAUUCCCAUCAUCGUUUCUAUGAUACCACUCAUCACGUCAAAAUAUCCCAGCUCUUAUUAAUAUUUAUGCCUCAAGAAAAUCCUUCGUAAUUAUUGUGUUUAUGCUGAUGAAUAUACAAAAGACAUUCAAAAUGUCUGCCUGCGGUGAGAACAUUUGACGCGAAAUCAGUUCCACAAUUUGUGGCGAUUUGGAGCAGAUUUACAGCCUUCUUUUGCUAGAGAAUGACGAAGUACGUUUUUCUUAGAUAUCUGCUGAUACUACUAAGUGCACACGUUAAAGUUUGUUUUUACAAUUAUUAUAUUAUAGUUAUAUGCCUUGGAGUGUUGGCACAGUACAUAUUAAUUGCGUUAUAAAAUUUAGUAAAUCUUCUUCCAGUCGCGGGAAAUUUCAUUCGAUUGAAUCAGUUAUCGUAAAAGAGAUUAAUUUUAGUGUUUUGGAAUGAGAACUUCCUCGUUAACAUUCCUAAUCGCGGUAGUAAGAAGUCAGAUUCAUCUCAUUGGUGUCCAUUAAAACUUGCGUUAAGCUUAUUUUUAUACAAAUGCUGAGUGCUUUGUUUUGUUUUAAUUAUUUAAAGGCCAAAUUCGUCCAAGAUAGGCAAGAUUAAUUUAGAGGAACUGCUUCAGCUGAACAUUGAAUUGCGGUAUUACGUAGACUGUUAAGUACCUUUAGCUGCACCUGAGUUAGAAAACCAGUUUUAUUUUUAGACGUAAGCUUGUGAUGUCCAUGUUGUGACUGUUUCAGUUCUGUUUUGGUUAUGUUUAUGAUUUAUCAUGGAUGAAGUGGUGUUAACUUGCAAUAGCAGUCUACUUACGAUCUUGCUUUCAAAUGCAAAUACCGUGGAAUAUGCUGUAAGCUUUUCGCACAACUACUGGCAGAGAAUUGCCUUCCUAAAGAUGAGCCCUCCAGUUCGUUAUGUAGCUUUGUGCAAAGACUUAAUCCGUUCAAGACGAAUGUGAAACGUCAGAAGAACAAACUUAACUUUACAUUUGAUUCGGAGAAUAUACUCACUUUUUUCUAACUUCGAUUUUACGGACUAACUGCGGAGAAAAUCUAGCAAAACAACAACUGGUGCGUUCGAAACGUGCGAACUUUUAUAAAGCACCCUAUUCGAAUAUUGAUAUUUUUCUCAAUGAAAAUACGAUGAUUCACGUUCAUUGUUCUCGAUACAUUCCUGAUGGAGUUAUUAUUUCUUACGAACUUCCAUUUAUUCUGAAAUUUAUAUAUCCAGUUGAAUCCUAUUUAGGAUGCAAAUCAGCUAAUCUUUUCUCAGUUUGAGAAACUUGCUGCUUCAAAGCGAUAUCCGUUUUUUUUAUGCUUUUUGUCGAACAAUGUGGUUUACAUUCUAAUUUACAAAGUCCUCCUCACCUCCCAAGGUUCGCAUUUUGUUUUGAUACGGGAAUAUAUAUUAUGUCUGUAUCGAAUCGUUAUUAUGUGUCACGCGUCACAGCACGCGACGAGUCUUAAAAAUCAGGUUCGGAUAUUCUCAUUGUCACGUAAUGUACGAUUGACUAUGCCAUAUUAUUUACGUGACCUAUGUGUUUUGACUGCCAGUUCACUUCGGACAAAGCUUAAGCCUGUACAAUAGUUCGAUGAAGUUACAAGGACAUUUUUUUGUUACAUGUUGAGUAUUUUUUAAUGAUACUCCUCUCUCAUUUGAAACUCUGUCAAUUAACUUAGGAUAGUCGUCGCCAUGGCAAGGAAUAUUCCUUAAACUUGCAUGUUCAUUUAUUAGCUGUUGAUUUAACUUGAAUUUGGAGAGAUGAGUCUCCGCAUGCUAUCGUAAUCAUUUUUUUGUGAUAUUAUUGACUUCAUUCAAAGGCAGUCAGGGUCCCGCUAUACUUCCGGCAAGAAAUGAAGUGUCAUUAAGUGGUGUAACAUGUCUAUUUUUUUUUCUCGGUCUUUCCGUAUCUUUUUAUCUGAUAAAACGUAUUUAAAACGCAUGUUAAAUGUGAAUUUCCAAUGUAGACGUUGCAAUGUUGAGGACAAAACCUUCUGUUUUUCCUUGGCCAAGGUUUGGGAAGAAAACAAUUUUAAGAUCAAAGCGACAUGUAAAAUUUUCAAGCAAAAAAAAUUGUUUCGUUAUAAAGUCAUAUUUUCUUAAAAUUGUGCAUUUGUAGAUAGGCAAAUCAGCGAUAGGCGUCGCUGAUUUAAAAGGGUGUAUUUAUUUCGUUCGAUUUGAAAUGCUGAAACAAUAUUUAAUGUAUAGUUCUCUGGUAAUAGGGUUAAAAGUAUGCCUCAGGCAACAUCCUUGAAUGGUUCAACACUUUAAAAGAUUAACUGAGGAUCUUCUGUCGUCUAUUGAACGUUAUUCUAGAUAUCACUGAGAGAAAAAACAUUUGAGCGACAAAACGUAGAAUUCAUUGAAUUGACAUUUUCGUCUAAGCUCUGUCAGCCGUUCUUUUUUUGUCUUCAAUAAUUUUCUCCGCUAGACAGAUGUUCAGACUUAAGCCUGAUGAAUAUUCAUGUAUCGAGAACAAUAUCAAAACCAAGAUGGCUCCUUCGCCGGGAUAAUGUUGACAUUAGUAUUUGGUUUGCAUUUUAUAUUCAGAGGUGGGUAUUAACUCAUCAGAUAAGGACUCUUGUGUAAGAUAUAUAGGUUUUUAACUGUUUCUGUGAUUGCUUUUCCUCCGACAUAAGGAAAUAGAGAUUUAUCAAAUGGAAAUGGAAAUUCGAAGGUGAGAAUGACAGUAACACAUUAAAAAUUUUGGUAGAAAUGUAAAUUUUAGAGUUCAAUUUUAAUUUAUACAUAGCUUUAAAAGGGUACUUUAUUUCAGUUACCUAUUUUUUAAAAGAAGUCGCGAUUAAUUUCAAAGGCUGGCUCUUUUACCGUAAGAAUAUAUACUGAAGUAUUAAAGGCAUAAUGAAUUUUUGGUUAAAUUUACGAUGCAAAUUAAUCGUCAAUGAAGUGACGAUUGCCUAUCGAGUUUUGACUUUCGUUUCUUGUCUGAAAGAUUGAAAAUAUUUCUGAUUAUUUUAAAGUAAAUAUGGAAGAAAAGCGAGAUGUGAUCAAACACCGUUAAAACAGUUAAACUGUAAGAACCUUCAUCUUGUCGUUUGAAUAUUAAGGUAAGGUAGGACAGACUGAAAAAUAAUUUAACGGGAAACUCAAUUUUAGCGACCUAAUCUUUACACUGUCAUUCUAUUUUAUACGAUUUAUUUUUCCGGGAACAGACUGAAACAAAGCUGCCAUGACCUUAACACAUACAUCGAAAAAACUUUUGAGUAUUUUCUACAAUUUAUGUGCUACAACUUCUUGGAAUAAUUUUUAAUGUGCCAUCAUUUUAUGUGCUGUGGAAGAAGUAAAAUUCUGUACGAGGUAUGGACAUUUUUAUCAACAUCUGUGCCGUGAAGAGGAGUAGCAAAGAGUAAAGAAUGUUUACAUAUGAAGUAAUUUACAAACGAAUUUUAGAGGCUAAUUUUUCGCUUUUUUUUAAUACAUUUUUUAUUACAUCGGCAAAGUCAAAACAAAAAAAUAUAUAUACUCCGCCCAAAUAAUGAAGAUAAAACUAUAUAGCUUCUUAAUUUUAAGAACAGUUGAAUUUGGAGUACUUAGGUUGAGCUUUCAGUAAAAAGUACAUUUAGUUUAAAGCAGGUUAUGAACCGUGGUUCCAGAAGUGACAAAUUCAGAAACGAUAGCAACAACAAUAAACACAAGCAAUAACAUUAACAUUUUUUUUUUAACGUAAGACUGAUAUCGAUACAAAAGCGAGCUGUAAUUUCAUCGUCUGUACCAUUCAUAGUGAAAUGCUGUGUACAAGCUACAUCUGAUUACUCUUCUACACUGAACUGUCAUACUAGUGGCCCAAUAGUAUAAUCUAUAUAUAAUAUACUUACCAAGUUCAGCUUUUGAGAUGCAGCAAAGUAAAUCUUGUCGUAUAGGGGUGUCAUACUUGGAUACCGCACUCUGUUUCUUAAUUGCCCUCUUAGUCCCAAGCAGUGCAGGCUUCAACACUUACUGACGGCCCUUCAGUUUACAGCGUAAGUUAGAUUGCGUUACAUCACGAGGAAAUGAUUCAAAGUCUAAGUGUUUAUUGAUAGCACUCAAGUCUAUCGACGAUUGUAAGUAGCUUGUGCUACAGUUUUGAAAAUCUUAAAAUUCCAGAGAUGUUUCGUUGACGCUUAAUUAGAAUAUGAUCGCUUUCGUGACUAUAUGUGGUGGUUUUGUUUCGGCUUGUUUGCUCAGUUGGUUUGAUUCCCGAUUUCCGCAAUUAUUUCUUUGGCAUUAAAGUUCUCCAGCCAAAAUUUCUCAAAAUCAUCGAAACUGCAAAGGAGGUGGUUACCAAGGAGACAAUGUUGUUUACAUGUGGGUGGACGUCAAGCUGAGCUCUGACUAAGAACGAGGUUUUUUUUCUUACUUUUUCGCAUGCUCUAGAUAACGAGUUAAUUGUAAUUAAGUUUAGUAAUCCAGCUGGUGUGGUUUUGGAGUAGACAUGCUAGUCUCAAGACUGUUAAUGAAACUUUUGUUUGCUGGAGAAAGGUUUAACCACUUAGUUUUGUUUGGCGAAGUUUUUCAUGUUUUGACGUAAACGUUUUUAAGUUCAUGUUUUCUUUAUCUGUUUUAGUCACGAUUCUGCCCUUGAAGUAAACUUAGAAGUGCUUUUCAUAAAACUGUUUUCUAAAUUUGCUUGAAACUUUGUGACUCUAAGAUAAUCUGUGCAGAAAUGCUUCUUAAGUCCCUGUCAAAAUUAAUUUUCUGGAUGAAAGAGCACAAUUUGAUCAGCGGUGAUUUUGACGUAUUGUUUGAUAGAUCGUGUUUUGCGAAUGAAACCGAUACGAUCUCUUUUGUUAGCCUUUGUUUGUUUUCAUUUUCGCCGAUGUACAACACAGCGUACCUCGUGUGCAAGGUACGCACCAUUGUAACCAGUUUUCCAAUUACUUUGGAGGUACUUAAGAACAAUGCAACGGAAUUUAAUCUUCUUAAAGAAUUCCCAGUAGAAAUCUGGCCUGAAAACAACGCUGUGUCAAGGGUAAGGUAGGUUUGAGGUAGCGUCUGUUUUCGUGUCACUAUCAGCAAUCAUCUUUCACGAACAAAGUUCAAGCGCAGCGAUUGAUCGAAGUGAACGUGUAAUUUUUCCUCGCUUGAGUUUAGUAUCAGCCACUCAUGUUAAAACGCAUUAUCAUCAGCGUCUUUGUGCUGUAAAAGGUCUAAAAGCUCUUGAACGUUUAAGAAACAAACGAACAGAAAACGCUCUAGUCAAGGAAAGGAAAAGAUUUCUCCAUGAUUACCUUAUCAGAAGUAUCGCCAUGGUAAGGAGUGUUGUGAGUUUUAUUGUUACACUAGUCUAGUAUUAUAUGUGCUCGUACAAUGGGCUAAACAGUGAACAAUAAGAGGACAUUAGUUAUGCUCAGAAGCCUCGGUAGAGAGCUUCCUACCGCACUGUUGUUUUUCUUAUGUCGUUUAAAUGGCGAAAGGUUUUCUACACUUGCAACGUUUAAGGAAAAUCUUGUUAUUGUGAUAAAAUACGCAUUCUAUCGCACGUGUUUUUUAACACAUCAAGUAAAACUUCUUCCAAUUUCACAUCUUAUAUUUAAAGUUUCCUGAAAUUAGUUUCCUUACUCAACCGAAGCGAUAAGCUCAAGGAAAUACCUCGCGCUUUAAAUCACACAAUUGCGUGACCGCUGAGAGGCAUUAAAGACAUGGAAAUGACUUUAUCGUCACCUUUUGAGAGCAUAUUUUCACCUAAGGAAAUAAAUACCCAAAAAACUCGCUCAAUUUGAACUAUGAAAUUCAAUCCAAAUAAAAGAGGAGAAAAAGGUUUUUUAUUCUUGGGUGUUACGCAAUUUUACACAUUUCUUUAUUAGAAGUGAAAGAAAGCUAGACAUUUAUUUUAAUAGUAGCUGAGAGUCAAGGGUGCUCCGUAAAUUUGGAAUUUUAACUAAAAUUUUUCAUACGAACUGCAUCAAGCAGUAGAUAAAGUUUUAGUGCGGCACGGAACAUCAAAGAACACAGAUAUCGAGGACAACAAGGACAACAAAAACGCUUCCAAUAAAUAAAAAAAAAUCGCUUGUUGGGUUUGCAAUACUGUAAAUUGUCUUUCGCCAGCAAAAUCAGUUACUGAGAGUUAAGGCUACUGUAGGUAUCCUUUUUUUUUAUCUUUUCCCCUUGACAAGAGGUGUACCUAAAUCUUUCAUUGGUAGGAGGUCGGUAUAUUUUCUUAAAAGUGCUCUGUGUUUUUUCUUUUGAUGCUAACGAUAGGUGAUGCAUAUCACUGGAAAAACUGGUUAGGUGUAGCUUCGGAACAUAGAGAGUGGCUUUCAUUAUGAAAACGAAACCAUUUUUCUACUUUACGUUUUCAGGAUGAUGGUGACGAGUUUGAGGUGGAAUGCGAGAAGAGAGACGUUGAGCAUGAAUAUAAGGAGAUCAUAGAUUGGUUAAACGAUGUGGAAAGUCGAGCUUCUCUGAUGGAACAACAAUGGAGCGAGGAAGGCGAAGAAGAUGAAUCCAAAAAGAAACGUAAAGGGGUGAGAUUGAAAUGUUCAUCUGACUCAGCUAGCAGCAUUUAAGUUGACGAUAAUUAGAACAAAACGAGAAAAACAAAACAAAAAGCAAGCAAAAAAGUCCAUGUUGAUAUCGCUCCGUGAUGUUGUCGUUGUUUAGUGUUGAACUGCCAUGCGCAAUUAGCAACAAAUAAGGGGAAAAAGACGCUCAGGGUUGAUUUAGAUGUUAACAGAAACUGCAUGGUUAUCUUAUCUUACCCUCUUACUCUAAAGAUCUCAUUACUAUUUUCCUCUCUGUCUUUCAUACAUUCUUAUAAUUUCAGCUUUGGGAAUUUUAUGCUAGAGCAGCUCAAUCGAGCAAUACCUCCUUGUUGGAAAAUUUUCUUUGUUCUCAUUACCUUACCGGCUGGUAUUGUAUUUCCAUGCCCCUUCCUAUAGUGAAGGGUGAAUCUUCCACUUGCAUUUAGAUGACAUGCUCGAUGCAGUUUUUGCCGAGAUUCUGAUGACAAUCGCCAACAUCCUGUCGGAUCGUAAGUAAAUGGGUGAAGAAGUUAUCAGUGCACCUCUGUCUUACGAAGCAAUCAUCUGAUCAAUUUAAUUCUGACAUCUAUAAGCAUACAUGACUCACGGUUCUGUCUAAUCAAGCUUUUAGUGGCAUACGCUGAGUUGGUAGUCUGUUCAAUGUGGUCCAUCCCCUCCCUCAGCGCAAUUUUUGUUGUCUUUAAAGUUCUUUCUAACAUUUUUGCUCUUAGCUCUGGUUUUCAGGUAACCAACCAUAAUCAUAGAUCAAAUGUUGUCGAUUAUUCGAUUUAUUACACAGUCACACAUAUGUCAAUUUUUCUGUGGGUUUUACGUUGGGUGGCAGUGAAACACAAACUUUGAGGACACGGACAUGUAGAAAACACAAUGAAAUUAUCUCUACGCAUUACAGACAUUUAACAGAACUUAAAUCAAAAUUAAUCAAUUAUCUAUCUGGCGGUUUGAAAUUUAUGGCGUGACGCGUAUGCAAUUGACCGUAUCCCCCUUAUUAGGUUGAUGCAGUCAAAACGUGACGAAUUACAUCAUUUGUGACUACGUGAGCCACAGAGGUCGGCUUUGUCACACUCCAGCGGUAAUUUUACCAAACUGACCGCCCGAAGCUGACCUUUACUGAAAUCUUAACAAAACUAUUCAGGCACAUCAUGAAAAAAAAUGAAUUAAACCGUUCGACAAGAUUUAAAGAUAAGACUAAUGACUAUACAGUACAAUUUGAAAUUUCGUGGGUGAAUAGAAAAGGUCAAUUGAGUGGCAGAUGCCACAAAAACAACUGUCUACCAAAAGUCACAUGACCCUUUUCUAAGCCCCAGCGAAUUGUAUGGAAGACAUUUUCCAUUUAUUUUAUUUCACCCUGGUAAAGGAAAAUAACACUUUUAUAUGUGAUAACCAAUCCGUAGCAUGCAGACAGAAAGAUCAGGGGUUUUUUUCUUUUUUUACAGCUUUCCUUUUGUGAAUAAAUUUGAAAUUCGUAUCAGUCAGCUUGUGUAGGAUUUAAAAUGUGUAGCAUUUCAUGCAUUCAUUCAAGCGUAGUAUCUGUAAUUACUGAUCCGUUUAACAGAGCUAUAAUUACCAAAAACAACGCUUGCCAUUUUCCACCUUAAGCGUCGCUUUUUAAUGUUUUUCUGUUGAGUGAUGUGUCUAAGCAACUGUUAAUCCAUUGUUUAAUUUCAAGCUAUUUUGCUCACACAAUAGGUAAAAACUUAAAAAAACAAUUGCGACUUAUCUUUUCACGUAAUUUGCAUUGAUAAAAUCUUCGACCAUUUAUGCACUAACAUCGAAGAAAACGACAAUGAGCCUGCUGUAAGCUGCCUUUACGACUCAAAAUUACGAUCGUUGUCGUUCAAUGUACGUUUUUCUGGGAACAUUUACUUUUUACGAACAUGGAACUCUGACUUCUGGUUACUGGAUCGCUGCACGUCGCUGUUGUGAUAAUUUGUCAACAAACGCUCUCGAGGUACGUUAAAUAACUCACCUAGUCAACGAGGAACAUUUAAACAACCUACUUAAGCAAGUGAAGAGCGAAGCUCUGUCUUCACUCCACUUGACCAGACAAAUUUCAAAACGUAACGGUAUUCCUACUUAAACACAAACCCGAAUGAAUUUUCUGAAGAGAAAGGCGCUUUACGAAAACGCUCGUCAUGGUAUUAAAAUUUGAAUGUAGUGGAUGUGAAUGUACGGAAUGUUCCAGCGUCUUUUUUUUGUUUUCCUUUUCAAAAAUCUACCUUCGUUACAUAACCAGAGGGCAAUGGCAAACUUAGGACAAAAUUAUCAGUAAAGUUAUACGGGCCACUUGAAGUCGUGACUGCACUUGUUAAUUGAGGGUUAGAUUGAAAUCCAGAGCUCUCUUUCCGCUGAUUGUUUGCUUGCAAAAAAGGCGAAAGAUACCGACAACGAUCACUUUGCCGCUUAAGUUGUUCACCGUAAAACACCGAUUAUACAUAGAUAUUUUGUUGUUAUGGACAUCGUUUCGACUACAAUGCAACGGCAAUCGCUGCAUACAUCGGGGGCAUUGAUGCUGAUCAGGCGAUAGGCUUGUAGCCAAUUUUAUUAUGAUAACCGUUAAUCACUGUGUUAUUUUAACACAAGUUAUAGUCGUCAUACCACGAUUAAAUGUUAACACAGAUUCUCUUAACUGCUUAAUAGCUUGGAAUGUUUGUCACUUACCAAUUUAUCCAAAAGGAAAAACUGGAAAAAGUUCAGGUUAAAUAAGAAAUUUGAAAGAAGUUAUUUAGGGAUUGUUUUUGUGAUAAAUGACGUAAUUCUGCUGGGUCGUUACAUUGGGUCACGCCAAAGAAAUAAUUAGGGGACCAUUAUUUUCUCUUGGUCACGCACACGAAGCCACGCACUUUGGGACACCCAAAUGUGUAAGUGGAGAAAUGAGUCGCGCUACAUUCCCACAUAAUUCUAAUGUCUGUAGAAACCCACUGCUUGACCUUUGUCAGAAAGGCAGUUCGUAUUGAUCCAAGAUUAAAAGUCUAACUUCCGGUACAGUAAUUCCUCUAGAGGAAAAGUGCAUAGUUUGGAGGGAUUUUACAGCAAAGUUCUUAACUUGGAAGGCAUUAUCAUUGAGAAUGUUUUAUUUCUUCAACAGAAACAGAUACAAAUCUUUCGACAGCAAAUUCAGCGCCGCGAGUAUCACAUUAGUCGGAUUGUAGAGAAAAAAUACCCCGAGUUCACCCUCGCUGAAGACAAACUUAAGGUGCUGGUCACAAAGUGGGAAAUAGUCAAACAGAAAGUAACCGUGUUGGAAGAGAGGAUCUGGGAAGUAGGACGUUACGUGAAGAAAGAUGGCAAGCUUGGUAACCUGCUGUUGUGGUUACACGAAGCCGAGGCCCUUCUUAACUAUUAUGAAUCGGACGAGAGCUGGCUUUGCGAGGUUCCCGCAAAAUUUCUACUGAAGCAGCACGAGGUUAGCCUUAAUAGGUGGCUUGAGGGUCUUUCUUUCGUAUAUUUGGAAAAAGAAUAGGACGAUUUUUAUUCGACAGCUUUCUUGAGUGACAUUGAUGACAUUGAUCGUCUGCGAGGUAGUUUUAUCAAAAAUUUGCUUCACUCUUUAAUUACUAAGAGUGACAAGGUUCUAAUUUCUCUUCACAAUCUAUCCCUUGAAUCAAAUGUUUAAGUCACCAGAAUAAAGGAAAUGAUCAGAAACUGACGAAGCUCUCUACGGUUGUACAAAUUCUCCUCGUUAGAACCCAGGAAAUGUAUAGAGAACAGUAUGGAGAAUAUGCCUACUGAUGUUAGGGUGUAAAGGGUUAAGGGCUGGACGAACUGGUAACGGUUGGGACUGGUAACACAUUCAUUGACAUGUCCUGCGUUCACAUUUCGUUUAAGUUCUUGUUCUGAGCAGUAUGGCGAGCUUCCAAGAUGAGACACUAUGCCUUUUUUGUGAUUUCUUGAUGAUAGAAUUCGUGCUCGAGGCUACCAAGUUCACGUAUAGAAUAUACACUCGAAUGCAAAAGCGUUGAGACCCAACGGCAUCAUGGGAAGCUACAUAAUUAGUGGUUCACCUCUCUCACUAUUUACUUUUAAAAAAUAUUUUUCUAUGACGAUCCUUUCUUUCAGGAAAGCUUUGAUAGCUUUCGUGCAAGUUAUGGCAGUUUUCAUGUUUAUUUGACCUUCAAGGCCGUAAGGUCUCACCGUUCAUUGUAAACGCUUUUAAGGUGUCAGUGAUUUUGAAAUCGAGCGUAGACAAUAGCGCUAAAUUUUAAUCCUCCCCUUAAUAGGUGAGGUUUUGCUCAGGGGACCUAGGCCUUAAGGGGUUUUUAACGGAUGUAGAAAUGAUAAGCAAUAAUCUGACUUCCUUGGUGGCUAUUUGUUUGUGAUGAGUAACCGGCCUUGUCUUAUUUGUAUCCAGACUUUCUUCAAGGACUUAGAUGAACACUGCAAGGGCCUGGAUGCCAUUCUUCAAUCUGGCGUCGACGACGAUGUUAUAGUGGACGCAUCUUUACUGAAAGAAGUCGACAUGCGCAUCAAAGCAGUCCAAGAGAAGUCCGCUGACAGGUUGUUGAGGCUCGCUUAUGAGAAAUCCAGGUCGAAAAUCUUAGGACAGCUUGAUGCUGGACGGAAGCAAAUGAACUGUCAACCAAUCAAGUACGCCUCGCAGGGUCACGUGGAGAAGGCUCUGAAAGAAUACACGGUGAGUUAAGGAGAUUACUGCCCCGAAGUUAAGAGACAAAUCCUCCUUACUUCGUUACAUAGUACUCGAUUGUGUUUGUAAGGAGAACUACUUAGAAGUUGUAAGGAUAAUUCCUUCCCAAAAUUACGUUAAAAUUGUUAAGAUGUGGUCUUCACAACAACUAGUCUUUCGAACUAUUUGCUGAUUUUGCCAUGACAGUUUGCUAAAGCGGUAUCUCGCCAGUUGACGUUUUCCAACCCUUUCAAGAUGUGAAAGCUAACUGGUGAAGACACAUUCCAUUGUCUCGAGAGCAUGGUGUCAUAUUCUAAGGGCAUACUGCAUCCUACUUUUGAUAAUUUUCCCAAUUCCCAUGAGCUGUCUGUGCGGAAAGUUAGGGAAUUCAAACCUUAUCACAGACGAGAGUGGAAGAAUUAAUUGACGAUCCCAAAGCUAUCAAAUAAACCACCAUUUUGUCGAAGUUCCUAGGCUUCUCAUGAAAAAAAUCCCCUUUUCUCUCUCUACAGAUGUUUUUUGUCGACAAAAACGUCCUCAAGAAAUGCAAGAAACAUCGGCGAGAUCUUCAUCACACUGCCGAGGCGUACAUGAACAUCCUUCCCGAGUCGCGCACGACGGAAGUCAAAAGCCUUGUAUGGAACGUAGAUCAACAGGUGGAUAAGAUCAUGGAAGAGGCCAGUUCACGACAUAGACACCUUGAAGAUGUGAACAAGAAGUGGAAAACGUUCGAUACGUUGAUUGAGUCUGUUUGCAAAUGGAUGGAGGAUGCUGAAGCGCUAAUCACAAACGGAACUCUCAAAGCUUGUAAGGUGCGUACCUUAUGUAACAUCGUGCGGAAUAGCGAAGUCCUAAGAUUUGUGCAUUAGACUAUUUUCAUGGAAGGUAACAGUUAGAACAGCAGUAGUUAGAACAAGGAACCGAAGGAAAGCGACUUGUUUUGUUCUCAUAGCAUGUAGGUUAAUGACCUGGGUUACUCUAAAGUAGUAUAUUUUAUAGUUUAUGCCUUGCCUCCAAGACUUUUACAUAAAACGAGAGAAUCAGUUCAGGGAAAUCGACUGAAAGCGACGUUAAUUCGCCCUGGUCAUGAAUUUUAAAGCCAACUAUGCGAACAUUUUCAUGGAACUUCUCAUCAUUCUAAACUAUAGGAAUACUUGAAAGAUAUCGAGAAAAUUCAAGCAGACGCGUCAACGGUGCAGGAUUGUAGUAAAACAAUCACAGUGUACUGCCAAGACCGGGUAAAAAUUGAAAUAAACCAGAGGCUCCGUGACAUGGAUCGACGUCUAAACCGGAUCAUCAGACGAAAUUCGCGAAUCAUGAAAUGCGACAAGCGUAACUCUAAACUGGAGCGGUUCGAAGAAACAGUCGACGGGGUGAUGGACUGGAUUUACGACGCCGAGCUUUUUGUGUCUUCUGCUGUAGAGGGGACAUAUGAGGCCGUCAGAGAACGGACUCACAGACUUGAGGUAAUGCUUGUUUUUUGGCUUCUGUUUUGCUCGUAUGUUUGUUUUUUGUUGGGGUGCGAGAGAACCGUGGACAGGCGUUAAAUAAAAUAUACUUUGGAUGUGAAGGUGUCGGCGUGAACCUUUGCCUGGGUUAUCGAUAUGUUCUUGAAAAACUCUCGGCAUAGGGCUAUAGUUGGGUGAAUCUAGAGGUUUUGCUCCAACUAAUUGAAAGAUUUGGGGGUGAACCGGUAAAGGGAGGGGCACCAACUUGUUUUACUACAAGGGACAAACUCGUGCUCUUUAAAUUGUCUUUGAUUUAAAUAUGUAACUGAUAUCUAUAGCUAAAAAGGACAAUGUGUUCCUGCUUUUGGAUACGAAUUUAUCUUCUGAUGUCCAUAAAAUUGAUAACCGCGCGCGGCCAUGAAAUAUCCUCUGUUUCUCAUGGCUUUAGGUGACACAGAGAGAAAUCGGAGAAUGUGAGUCAAAUGUGAACUCGUUAAACAGACUCACUAAAGGCAUACUGAAAGACUUCAAAACAGAUAUGGCUUCUUCCAUUAAUGCAACUCUGUCGAACAUCAACAGAAGAUUUGAUAAAAUUAAAGCUUCAGUUCCCCAUAGGUGAGUUAACAGUGAACCUUCUUUAGUCUUAAUGUGCAAAGUGAAUAUUUUGUUCAGAAUGCACCUCAGCGUCUAUAUUGUGUGAUCGAAGUAAAAACCAUCAAUGUAUAGUACCCCUUGCGUCUUCUGAAACCUUACAUGCUUCUCGAUCGCGCGUAAGUCCACAAAAAUGCGUAUAAAUAUAUUUUUGAGAUUUUGAAAUCUUUUUUGAUGACACUGCAUUCUUCUUCUUCUUCUUCAAAAAAAGUACAUUAAACGAAAAGUUCACAUUUAUGAAAGCUUUUCGUCGUGGUCACAGCAAAUGAAUUUGAAACAUUUAUUUAACUCGGAACAUUGUUUGGUUCUGGGUGUUUUCAGGUAUCACACAUUGAAGCAGAUCCUACCCCAGCUGGAACUCUUUGAAACUGGUUUCGAUGACGAAUUAAAAUGGUUGGAUGAAGCAGUGGUGGCGUUGGAAGCGUAUAAAAAUGUGAGCACUUUGGAGGAAGUCGAAAGAGAACUUGGAAGACACACGGUUGGUGGAGUGCUAAGUCACCUUUAGUCCCAUGUUUAUAGAUCAUAUAGUAUCCGGAAUGAUUCAAGUUCGCUUUUCAAAAUCCAAGCUAAGCUUCUUCAUCCGUAACCAUCCUCGUAGUGAUUCAGUUUGCUUGAGAUUAUCUUGACCUAGUUGGCAAUUUUUAAGGUGAAAUGGAAUUGUACCGUGAAGUAUGAAAAACAAACGGAAAAUCGUGUAAGCGUUACAACAUGGCCGUCACAGGUCAGGGAACGGUUAGAGAAAAACACAAUUCUUCAAGCUCCAAAGAAAGAAAGCCAGACACUAUUGUUUUGAGAGAGCAAAAAUUCUUGUCCUGUGGAAACGUGUUCAAAAUCGGAGGACCAAGAUGCUGAGUGUUAAGCUCGAUCGUUUUGACAAGAAAGAUGUUCUCCUUUUAAUGAACUUUAUACAGCUAUCCAAUCGGGAGAAUCUGAGUUACUGAGUACUGGACCGCGAAAUUUAGAGGUGUCGGGUCUGAUUAUUCGUGGAGGAUUUUUUCACGCUCCAAGCAAAGCGAAUAACCAUAACCUUUUCAUUCUCUUUUUCUUCGGGGCAUUUGAUAACUUGUGUUCCUGGCGACUUUGGAUAAACAACCGAACCCCAUCAUCUUACACUUAAUAUGAAUACAAUUUCUUUUUUUUUUUUCACGUAGGAACUCUUUGAAGACAUUGACCAGCAUAGUAACUAUGUGGAGUCCAGAAACCACCUGUACCUCCAGCUUCGAAACUCUGUGGCCGAAAAUGUUGACUUCUCAAAGCCACAAGAGAAACUUCAUUCCCUCAACACCAAGUGGAAAAUAGUGCAAGGGGGAAGAGAAACACAUUCUCAAAAUCUAGAAGAAUGUUAUAAGCUGUUGAAACAGUUUGAAGAGGACGCCAAAAAAAUGCGGUCGUGGACUCUGGAAGCAGAUUUAUCGAAGGUAAUCCAAGUCCGCCAGGACUUUUAAAGAAAACAAAAUGUAAUUUUCGAAAUGAUAUAUGUGCGGCAAUUAAUGAAAUCGAGGCUAUGAAUAUGAAAAAAGGGUAUCUUUGUUUUUUAUGACUGAAACAGAUUAUUAUAUUUUCUUCCUUAACAGGCAUCACACGACGAGCUAGAAGACGCACAAGCAACAUACGAAGACCUUUUAAAAACACAUGAACAACUCCGAACCAUCAUUCCCAAUGAACAAGUCAAGCGACGUUUGGAGGGUGAAGCUUCCUUUAUCACACAGGAGUGGGGUGAAGUGUACAAUCGCGAGAAAUCGCGGGUGGUAAGAGGCCAUGUUGAGGAGUUACGAUCAUCUUUAGAUAGGAAUAUUCAGGCUCUUGAUAAAGAGUGGGCUGAAGUGAAUGAACAAUUUAGCAGCCAAGGCUACACUGCGGACCUUCAUGAGCGUUACCAGGUAAAUAUUUCCUUUAAGUUAAAUUUUUCGGUGAGAUUAAGUCCAUAAGCUUUUUGGUCUUUUUUGCAAGGAACAAUUCUGGAAGUUUUGCGUGUUUUUAUUCUUACAUAGAACAGUAUUUGGAUAUUCUUUUCAUGUAUAUAUCCUCUUUACGCAAAAAAGUAGUCCCUAGAAGUUUUUGUCUUUACAGUUUUCCUUGAGGAAGAAGCUGCCUUAAAAAAAAAAUUGUCUGAAUAGGGACAUCGCCAAGCAAAUUUUUUUUUGCAAAUGAUAGCUCUGAAAAACGCAACGCAAUCUUAAGAAUGUUCCAACUACACUGUGAAAAAAUUACGAAGAACUUAAUAGGGAGUUGACAUCGAAGCCUUUUUUGGGGGGUAGCGGACUUAUUAGUUCCAGAGUUCAACUUAAACUGUUCACGUAAUUUUUGUAACGCAUUUUCGUCCUUUCAGCGAGUGCUGUCUUCCCCAGAAGCUUUUCGUCGCAUCGAGGAAGACUUCGAUAACCUUCAGGAAACUAAGUCCAAAGUGAAGUCCCCACAAGAAGAGGAACAGUUUGAGGCAAUAAUGCAACAACUUCGAUCUAGCUGGGAAGAUGUGCAGGGCAAGAUCAAAGAACUGCACCCCAGAGUCCAGGUUAUGGCAGAUGCCUACUCUGAAUACAAGGAGAAUCUACGGUUACUGACGGAAUGGGUAGACAAGGUAGAAGAAGCCUGUGAAGCCUUGGAAUGCGUGGAAGAUUAUAGUGAAUUUCAACCUCUCAUGGAGAAAUUUCAGGUUAGUUUAACCCUCAUGGUGGAAAGAAAUGAGAUGAGCAAAUGAAUUUUAUUAGGAAACAUUAGGAAUAGGAAUAUUAGGAAUAAGUCUCAUUAUUUCUUAAUGGAAAAUGAUCUUUAUAAGGUAUAAUGUUACAUCCUAAAAAGUGCGGAAGGCCACGCUCUUUUGUUCUCGUACUGCAGAAUACACAACAGCCCGCAUAAAUUAGGGUCGCGUCAGGCCUGUGUAUUUAUUAAUCAGCUUUACAGUUAAGCAAUAAGCACAAGUCGGUGUUAAUUAGUGUUGAUGUGAGAGCCAUUGACUGCACAUGAGCUCACGCUAUCUGCCCUAAACUUGCAGACUAUGUGAGGCGAUAUUCAAUUAAAAAUCCACCAGUAAUGUCUCGAAACCUUCUAUUUGUUGCACAGUUUUUUCUUUUUUGUCGGAGAAACAGUUUAAGUCGCAAAACUCCUUGAGAAAAAUUCAAUCUGUUGCUUAACUUUCAUUGGAUUGAUAAACUUAUUUCGAGUAUGAUGAUGCGCCAGUAUCGUACAACCAGGGACCGCGCAGAGGGAGGGGCUGGGGGGGCUUUAGCCCCCCCCCCCCACUUUUUUGCUAGAAUAAAAAUAAAUUAAACAAAAAAUAAUUUAACAAAAAAAUUUCCUUCACGCAUUCUUCUUUAGCCCCCCACUCGAAAACUUGCUGCGCGGUCCCUGACAACGACAAAUUCUGCUGUAAAUUCACCUCAGCCCGAAUGGCGACUCAGCACGGCUAUAAGUUUAAUUGCCAGGUUUGGAUUGGUAUUGAUCUCUCCUAACUGCCCAAUUUUUUUAUUUUUAAUUGAAACUGAUGCUUUGUCUUUGUCUCCGCAUCCGUUUGCUUGGUGAUAUGUUGAUACUGAUAGAAGACGUUACAUUUCCUUUGUGUGCGCAGGCUCUCUCGUCUGAAAUUGACGAAAAAAUUCAAUCACUACAAAGACUGAAUGAGCUGUCACAAAAUCUUGGGAGAUCCUCGAAUAAUCAAGGGUUCACCGAUGAGGUUCAAGGCGUUACACGGCGAGUACAAGCUGCGUUACCUACCGUGCGUGACAAAAGUAACAGACUCUCUACCAUGCUCCGGUGCUUUGAACAUCAGCAGUGUACUCAAAAACAUAUCACGUUUCUCAAGGAGGUAAAAAGUCGCCUCGAGGUUGAGUUUUGUGUUGAUGGCGUAGUGGAUGCAGAGAACGAACUUGAGAAUAUUAAGGUGAGGAGUCUGGGUCGUAGAAUGUCACUUCCUCGGGGCUAUUAUGGGACCAGGAAUAAGUAGGAAUAAAGAAAUAACGAUGAGAGGGAAAGUAACUGAAAUAACAAAGUACUGUCGAAUACAUCUCUCUCAUUGUCACGAAUAAUGUCUGUCAUUUCGAAUUUUUGCCUUGAAAAUGUAACUCUCUUGGGUAAAUCUUGACUUGGUGUUGCUAAAUUCGAAUCUCGGGUUGCGCUGCCUGUCUAGCGAUUAGCGCUUUCUUUUAAAGCACACUAGAAGCUCACAGUGUCUCUUGCUAUUUGAAGAUUACACGAUAUGAUCGAGCUAUCAGAGAAACCUGUUGGGUUUACCUGAUGUGAAUAAGCAUUCACUCUGGGAAAAAUUUUAAUGCCUUCAUACCAUGUAUGGUAUGGCUCCGGAAGUUGUGAGCAAAAGAUUUAAUAAACUUUAUCUUCAUGCCGCAGGACAUUAUCAAAUCUUUAGGCUCUCACCAAAUCCAAAUCGAAGAGGAGAUCGCCAAAGGCAAAGAACUCAGUCAAGUGGGUGGCGUUCUGGAUAUGAUGCAGGCAAAUGUGGCUAGGCUGGAAUCUCUCUCAAGAGACGUAUCUCAUGAUUGUCAACAGAGGAACGAGGAAUUGGAGACUGCGUUGAAGAACUGGACCCGCUAUAAUGCGGCUUUGGAGAACUUUAAAGAGGCUCUCGCCAAUGGGGAAGUGGAACUUAUGCGAAGGAAGACAUUGAUUGUCACUGGGAUCGAGACAGUGGAAGAACAGAAGCAAGAAAUUCAGGUAUGAAAAUUUAAAAAAAGAUGAACACGCCACCUCGUAUAAGAGUUUCAACUAAAGUGAGUUACUGGAGAGGAAAAACGAAUAAAAAGCGUUGAUAAGUUGAGGAUACGUGAGACUGCUCCCCGAGUGUGGUGAUCCUGGCCACCGAACAAUUGAGCAGGUGAUGGGAAAUGCACCCGUCAAAAUGGAAAACGUUCGGAUAACUAAACUCUUUUAGAUGUUAUUUAACCGCAGAUUUAUAAGACAACGAUUGUCGAAUUAUUUCUUACACGCCAAAUAGUGCGAAAUCGAGUCACGAACACGUGCGAGGCAAUUACACCAUGUGGAUACGAUUGUAAAGCGCGCACAGUUAGAUGCAACUAUCUCACAUCCAACGAAAACGAUGGGAUGAUUAUUUUUAUUGCACACAUUCUAAAGAAAUUAUUCAACGUUUGCUUAAAAGAGAGAAUGUUUUGUUUAUUCCGAGAAAACGUUCCAUGGUAUUCGAACUCCGAUACAUGAUUAAAAAAGAAAUGAAAUUUCAUUAUGAAAUAGCAUGGCAAAUACAUUAUUCCUUAGCACAUUUUCUCCAGGUCGUGCACGGUAUACUAAACAAGCAAAGCGAAAGAUAGGCACAUAACCAAACAGACAGACUAAAAACAAAAUCUAAAGGUUUUUUUGUUUUGUUUACUAAGUGCCAUCAAACCGCGGCUUGCGUGUCUUCUUAUUUAUCUUGUAGGACUUUCAACGAGAUCUCCAAACUCAAUUAGCGGAAUUCAACUUCAUUUUUCCUCUCGGAACUACGAUCAAAAUGAAAGCCAGUGAGGAUUGCAAAGCGAGAAUCGAGGACCAACUGAACAGCAUUUCAUCACUUAAAAAGUCACUCUUCGACGAAAUAGCAGCUUUUCUUGAAAACCUGGACAACAAAGCCAAACAGUGGGAAGGGUUUCAGGAACAGAUGGACAAAUUUGAGGAGUACAUGGACAAGGUGGAUUCCCGUUUGGAAAGGAGUCGCAAAGACAGCAGAGUGUCACAGGAAUGGCUUGCUCAAGUCAAGGUAGGAGGAGAUCAUGUACCUUCUAAAUCAUGAGGAGCUUCGAAAUUUUUAUUCUGACGGAACUAUGAAGAGGUCACGCGUCAUCACUCUAUGUUACCACAUACAUGUAGUUUAUGAAUACACCUAAAGAAUGGUUAUUAUUUUAGUCAUUUAUUCAUCUUCUUAGCAUCUGCACGUUUCAAUUGAAUGACCUAAAAAAGUCUUUGUUUUUUUUUUUCUUGUUUUCUUUCCUCUUGACAGGGAGUAUCAAAUGAAUUAUUUCAACGUCGGCAAAGUUUCACCGUCUUCCAGGAAGAAGCCCGCAAGCUUUCCGAAGGUGUGAAUGAUGCGGGAACGAUGCACUUCAAAGCAAAGUUGUGCCGUUUGAGAGAGCGAUGGAAUGAACUGUUCGAUAAGGCGAGGAUGUCUGAAAGCAACGCAGAACAGGGUCUGAAGCCACUAAAUGAGUAUCAAAAAGUGUUUGAAGAAUUCACUUCUCGGUUUGAAGAACUGGAAGAGAAACUGGCUUCCCAGGUUCCCUAUUUUGGAAGUUCGGAAGAGGUCGCUACUUUCAUAGAAGGAGAUAAAGUAUGAAGUAAAAGCUAUUUGAAAUGCGUCGAGCGUGUAAAUUUUUACUGAAUGACGAAAAUUAUCCAGAAAACAGACACCACUAAGAUGCUUUUUUAAAACCGAUUGCGACUGGCUCACUUGCGUUCUUUUUGUCAUCUUGCCCCCUUUUGGUUUUCUUAGACAAUUUCCGACCCUGCCGAUAAUUUAGAAUUAUCACGUCGUAAAAUAUCUCUUUUGUUGUUGUUGUUGUUGCUGGUUUUUUUUUUACGGCAUUGAUUUCGUUGAAAUAAGUGGAAAACUAUGGACCAAAGGUUUUCAUGCGGUUCAUAAUCGGCGAAUCUAUUAAUAAUAUGUUCAAUCUUUGUCAAGAGCUUUCACUAUGAGGACUCGAACCCUAACUGCUUCCGAUUCAAGGGUCGAAUGUGCGCUAAUAGUUAUGAGGGUAAGCGUGACCAGGUAUUAAUGUAUCAUAGUAAUGUCCUGAUCCUCCAACCAUUUUUGGUGGCCAUUUGUUUCAGAUACUCCUCGCAGAUCUGCGUGAAUUAAGAGGUGUCCUUGACAACUUAAUCUGGAAAGGUUCCGAGCUUUCGGCCAGCAUGAAAGUCAAGGAUCUUGAUAUCAAAGACACUCUGAAGCAACUAGAAGAGAAAUGGAGCCAGGCCGUGCAAAAUGCCGAGAAAAAGCUUGAAGACUUGGACGACCUCAGAAUGGAGUGGGUGGACAAGGAAGAGAUGCUGGUCAAUAUGGAAUCUUGGGUAGUCCAAGCUGAAGACAAACUGGAGAGUGAAAGAGGAUUGUCGAGUAGGGACGAACAAAGCUUGAGAGAGGCACUAGAAUAUUACGAGGUAAGAUAGUGAAAAGUUCUCACGAGCGUGGGAAUUAAGCUGUAUUAGAGAUUCCAAACCCUUCUUUUCGGCUGCGAUUUUGCGUUUUGCUUGGGACCUCCUUGAUGAGCAAGGGGAUAAACAAGGUUAUUGUGUGACGGAAACUUGCAUAGUACUGUUAGGAUAGAAAAGUGUUUAUAAUUUUGUAACAUUUGGUUCUCUUCAGGUCUGGGCUAAAUGUUCGAAUCAAGCAUGCAAAAUAGUUAGGUACGGUACUUAGUGUUCGAUCACGGAGAGGUGCUUGCAGAAUGAUACUGAGUACUCCCUGAAAAUUGCAAGCGAUCCUAAGUAAUUACGAAGAACGAGGUGUUGAAUGUCACUGUAAAACGUAUAUUUCUUCAGGCCAUAAAACAAGAGAUGGAAACCUGUGAAGGUGACUUCAAGUCAGCCGUUGAAAAUUAUCAAGAGUUGUCAAACACCAGCAAGUACAUGUUUUACAUCCAAGACAGGCUCGUGGACGAGAAGUGUGAUUCAUUGCGAAAAAAAUGGGACACCCUCACAAACGGCAUUCCAGAGAGAGUAGAAUCUCUCAAGGAGGAACUGAGCGAUUGGAGAAGCUUCCAUGAGAAGUUGGACGCAUUUAUAGCUUGGGUCGAGGAAAUGGAGGGGUUUACUAAGAUUGAAAAACCACGUGAUGAGACGGAGGUCAUGCAACAGCUGAAGGGACUGGAGGUAAGUACUGUUCCAUGUGAACAAACUUGCUAUGAGAAAUUUCAGAAGAGUGCUUUUUUAUUCAAUGUCACAUAUUCAAAUCCAAGUAAAGUAAGAAAUACUGUCAAUCAAAACAAACACAAUGACAACAAAUGACCAUGUGGAUCUUUAAGUAAGCGUUAGUGAUUAUGUCUCGAUCGGUUUAAGGUUUGUUUCCGUUGGGUGAAGGUGGCACAAGUUUUGAAGACAGAGAGAAGUAAAAAAAAAUACAAAAAACAGUACACUCCCGAAAUGCUGGAACGCUGAAUUAAAAUUGACUAUAGGUCAAAAUCUUAUCUCGUAUAGUUUUUCUUUUUAAGCAGUUGCAACUAUAGUCACAUCUUAAGAAAAGUUUCAAAAAUAAUCCUGUAUACGUUUCUGUUAUUGCUUAUGUAGUAAGUCAUUGAGAACAAUCUUCGCCUUAUCUUGCCAGGAAUUUCAGUCCAGCUUCAGAAGUCGUCAGGACUCCUUUGAAUCGCUCGUGAAAGAAGGACGCGAAGUGCGACUUCAAGCUAGUAAAGGUGAAGAAGCCGAAAGACUUGGCGAGAAACUCACGAACUUAACCGAUCGUUGGGACGAAAUGUUGAGAUGGGCUGCUGGAAGAUACCAAUUGCUUGUUCUUUCACGUCACUACUUAGAUACGUCUAAGCAUGUGGUGCAAUAUCUGGAAAAGAUCGAGGAGAAGCUAAGUACCGCUAAAGACAUACCUCCCGCAGUGCUGGAAAAAAUAAAGGAAGAGUCAAGAAAAGCAAAGGUGAGACUGAAAUGUUAUUGGUGUUUUAAGUUGGGUCAAGGUAAACUCUGCUAUACAGAAGCUCAAAAUAUCUAUUUGUGGUCCCUCCCUCCUCUUACCCAACGCCUCUUCGUCGACCCUUAACUGACAUGGGUAAAGAUCGUUGGAUCUAUAAACUCUGGCUUUGUGGAAAAUUUCCCUACAAGGGUAGUAUUUUGAGCAGAUGAUAAAAUUUUCUUUUCUCAAUUUGUUAACGUGUGUUUUUCGACUGAUUGAUGCUAGAUGUAGUCACUUCUAUAUGUCUGAGAAAUGAUAGGAGUGACCACCAUUACGCGAACAGCACUUUGUGAAAGGAAGAAAUAUGAAUGAGUUUGCUGUGAUUGAAAGCUAUCUCAGAUUGUGAAGAAAAAUGUGAUUGCAUGAAGCGCCUUGUGGACCUUAAUUCGGCGAACUUGGACAAACCAAAUUAUUUGUUGUUUAAAUGUUCAUGCAGGCCAAGGUUGAUAUUUGGAAGCAGCAAUGUCUUGAUCUGGACGUGGUGGUGAAGGAAGGACAUCUGAUGCUGCAGCAAGAGUCAGGUGAAGCCGUUGCUUUCGACGAGAAGCUCAAUAAUCUCAACAGUGAGUGGCACACAGUCAUACAGGAUGUGGAGGAGAAGAAGAAAAGCAUCGAGAAAACAGCCAAGAAGUGGUGGGACUUUACCAGGAAUAAACUCAAAAUGAUUCGGUGGCUGAAAAAGAAAGAGGGAGACGCGGAGAUACAGAACGCUGCUAGCUAUCGCAUCGAUAGUGCCCAGGAUCAGCUGACUGCUUAUCAGGUAUAACCAAAUGCUUUUUUUUCCGUUACCUCGAGAUUAACAUACAACUUAAACUGCUAAUGCUGAAAACAAAAGUUGCGUAAAGGCACAUUUCAAAAACCUAUUUAGGCCUAAGUUCAGCUAUACUGCUACGUUCAAGUAUUUCCGCUAUAAUACGAGCCGGUUGAUUUUUUCAUUGUUUUCUUCUUAGCGUAGUCGGGGGUUUAAUUUGAUAUGGUUGUCCUUUAUUUUAUUGUUGUUCACAUUGAUACUUAUUGUGUUCUUCUGUCAUUAUGUCGGCCUUUUUUUUUUUUUACUCUUCCUCUGAGGUGCUAUUUGUGUCAUCCUUGAUAUAUUUAUAUUGGUUAGUUGCCCUCCCCCAUCUCCCUCCUCCCCUGCCGCAGUGAGUCACGUUCACCUCUAGUUCAAUUGAUUGUGCAAUAUGAUAUAUAACAUAGCUUGUAAACUCUGCUUCCUUAAGAUUUAGAUGGAAUGUUACUGUUGUCGUAUUUCAGGCCAUUCUUGACCGAUUGAAUGCACAUAAGCGUGACCUAGAAGCACUGAACAAAGCGGCACAGGAUAUGAUGGAGGUCGACGCAGACGGGAACGCAAUGAAGGAGAUCCAGGAGCUGAUCGAGCGAUUUGAAGCUUUGCAAAAAAACAUCACGGAGAGGAGAGAGUUCUUUCAAAGGGUAACAGGAAAAUGGCACAGGUUUGCUCAACAGAAGCACAAGAUGAACGCGUUCUUUAAGAACACGCAAGGGAUUGUUUCAAGGAGGCAAGUUAGGAACGCUGACGAUUGCAAAAAGCAGAUUGAAGAGUGCAAGGUACUGUUAGGCCUUUAACAGGAAAUUUUCUUUUUAUCAUAUGGGUCGUUUUAUGCUAACUUCAAUGAAGAGCAUUGUGAAAGGAUAGCAAGAGUGUAAACAAACAAACAAAAAAAAGUUUGGGGUGUUUCAUUUGAUAAACAUGGAAGGCCCUCAGAAAAUGAAAUGGAAAUACGCCAUAUCGCGUGAUGUCUCAGCGCUGGAACUCUGUUUCGGUCAAUAACUGAGACAAACCACUUGCUCUUUGUUUUGUUGCCUUGAAAUUUCUCUGGCAACUCUUUUGGAAGUAAUAACGACCCUUGUAAGGAGAAAUAAGCUACAAUUGGAUUUUGUGUGUCUGUCUGUCUGUGGUUUCCCUUAAAUAGUAAUUAACAUGAAAGCAAACGUUUCUGUAUGGCUGUGUUAACACAUGCAGUGGAACCCUACCUUUCAUUGCGUUGCCAAGUAUGCUAACUUUACCUGCCUUACAUGGGAAGAAAUGAAUAAAAGGGGGAAGUUUCUCAAAAAACUGGUGCAGCGUCAGUGGGGAAGCAUAACAAGACAUUUUAGUCUCAUGAACUGAGUUUAUUAUGUAAAUUGGCCACCGUGUAUCAGAAAAGUCUGGUGAAGGUGCUGUGCAUAUCUGGAGUUUUGACUCUCUGUUUGCUGCUGUUUUUAAUGUAUUUUUUUUAUGUCGUUUUCUCAGGCUGUGGGACAAGAUUUGGUGGACAACGAGUUGGUUCUGGAAGCCGUGAAUCAGGAAGCAUUUGAAUUACUGGAAGAACUGAAACAAGGACAGGGACUGGUAGAUAUGCAGGGAUUCGAGGAACAGCUCAGAUUGGUGAACGCCAAGUGGAAUGAGGCCAAAGUUAAGGUAGAACAUGAGUAUCGUUCACUUUUUUCGUUUUCAAGAUUUGUUAUCCUUCCCGUGACAAAUAUUUCUCGAUAUCUCUUGAUUUUUCGCCAUGUAUUCCUCAUGGUGGAGUCCCAUAAUUAAGAGAAUAGAGUAACUCUUAAGUAGAAAUAAAUGGUUAUCAGGUACUUACGUUUGCGUGAGAAGUUAACCUCAAAUGUAACGAAGGCAGGUAUAGAUGACCCGCUAGAGGUCCGGUUUUUAGGCUUCGUUAAAAAGUGUUUUAGGAUGUACAUUUUUUAAAUUAAGUUUAAGGGACAGGUGUAGCCAUGUGGCAAAUAGAAAAAAACAAGGAAUGGGUAUUUAUCAUCCCAAUAGGUUGGAGCCAGGCAGCAGGCGUUGGAACAAGUGGCUACUGAAUUCGAAGUUCUGGAGAAAGACACACAGGAACUUCAACAGUGGAUAAUUGACGUCAAGAAGGAACUGGGCACAACCGCUGAUCAAGAGGACCAGAAUCCUGAUGUUGUUAUACGAAGGCGCAAACUUAAGGUUUGUUCAUAGUUAAAGUUGCCGAAACAACGUUGAACACGAUAUUAAAUAUAGCAAUGACCGUUGCUUGAUUUAGCCUUCGAGUAGAAUUGAAUAAUAUUUCAUUCUUCGUUUAUCAUAGGAUUGAUAAUAUUCACCUAUAUUUGUCUUACAAGAGGGAAAGGGGUGCUGAUUUUUAAGUUGCAUGGAUCAGUUUUGGCUCCACCUUAGAAAUUUACCUGGCUCAAAUCAAUGACGAGCUUGUUACAUGAGAAGAUUUAUGGGUAGAAGGCAAAUUUGACGGAACUUGUGGGGAACAAUUGACAAUUGCUUUGCUUAUUUUUUUUAGGAUGAAGUAGCUUCACGCGAGAAACAGCUGAAAAGGCUCAGUCUUCAAGCCUUAAAGAUAGUCGAAGAGUUUUCUGAUAAUGUCGAUGUCGACGUAAGCGAGUCCUUCCAACCCUUCUUUCAAGAAUGGGGCAGUGUACAAGAACUUGCCGGCAUCCCGUUAGACGAGCAACAGAAGGAAACACUAGAAAAACUUAGACGUCCUGCUUCCGUCCCGCCGCAACUCAGUAUCCAAGACGAUAGUGAGGAGGAAUUCCUUCCGGACAAACCCAACAGUGCUCCGUUGCAUAGAUUAGGAAUUCGGAGUUUUUCAUUCGGAAGCGAAAACUCUUUGGAUGUUCGUGAUCGCAAGAGUUCUUAUGAAUGCUCGAUGGACACGCUCUGGAGCUCGAGUAGCACUUUCUCGAUCAACAUAGAAAACAAAGAUGACGAGUUCGAUGAAAACGUUGGAGUCUUCAUCGAGAACGCUCUUCGAGGCAACCAGGUAUUUGUUGGAGGCAGCGAACCGAAUUUGUUAGAUAGUCGCUCGAGAGAAGGCACUUUAUCGGAUCAAGACUAUACUAAGGUGGGAGCUUCAAAAUCAAUGGACCAUUCAUUGGAGGUAGAGGAAUGCUCCAAAGAGAGUAUGGAGACAGUCACUGGUGAAGAGACAUCAAGGCCUGACAGGACAGAGGACGAGAUUAAAUCCCUGCUGGAUGACCUUCUAGAAAGGAUUGUAGAUACUUGUAAGAAACUCUCAGUGUGUGCUUACACGCCCGAUGAUUCUGUGGAUGAAGUUCAGCGAAAACUUCGAGAGGGCAAGGUUUGCUUAAGUUCUUUCUUAUCAAGCAAUCUUUGAUUGAAUGUCAAAAACAGAAAAGAAGAAAAUGGGAUGGCAUUCAUUUAGCCGGACUCGAUUUUUGUGAUGACUUUAGUAAGGCCCACCCUCAUUUUAACCAAUCAAAUAGAAAUCAAAUGUGCUUCAGUCUGGCUACAUCUCCUUUCUUGCAAGGCUACAAUUAAAUUGGUAGAAGAAUAGUUGAAUAUAUCCUUUGUAAAUGUAAAUAUUCGCCGAUUAUGCAAACGGCUUGCAGAGGCAACACAUUCUUUUUCAAAUAAAUGAUUUCUCAAAUAUUCCGUGUUUGUUAUUCUCUUUCUAAAAUCCUCUCAUUUUCCCUAGAUGUUAGAAGACGACUUGCAAAGUCAAAAAGUGGAGCUAGACGACUUAAAGGAGGAUAUGCUCAAGAAGAACUUAGACGUAGCGUCUGUUGACAAAACUUUAGCAGAAGCUGGAGUUAAACUUGAGCAGGCCAUUCUACCCGCCCCAGAAAUGGAUGUGGAAAUAGACGUUGUAGUUGAGCAGUUCACCGGGUACAUUGUUGCCGUGCAGGAGUGGGGUGCGUGGUUUGGUCCUGCUAAGGCCACACUGGAAAAUUGUACAGAACCAUACAAGAACAGGGAGAGUUUGGAGGAUUUAAACGAUCAGUUACAGGUUGGUGCGUCGAAACAGUGGAGCCCAACUUUUUAAGUUCGCCAUUCGAAUUUCCUUUUCAUUGUUCUUGUGUCUAACCCAUCUUCAGUCCUUCUUAGUUUGUUAUUACCCCUUUUUUGUUUCAACUUUAUUCAUGGCUCAAAAAUCUAGUUUAUCUUGUUCCUGGUUAUUGCAUAUCACAAUGAAUUAAGCUGACUAGAAAUAGAGAAUUUUGCCACGACAUAAAAAAUUAUCUGUGUAACUGUCAAGCAGUGAUUAUCUUUUUUUUCGUUGCAAGGUACUUCUGGACGAAAUGGACAAAAACGACCAACUUAUCGGUGAAGUUUACAGCAAGGGCGACACUGUGCUCCAGGUCAUCUCGGGUCAUAGUAAGGCCACCGUGGAAAGCGAGUUGAACCAGUUAGAAGAAGACUGGGCAGCGUUCUGUCAGGACACGUUGUCAAUCAAAGGCGUGAUCGAGGAGACCAUUCAAAUGUGGAACGAGUUUGAAGAGAACAGAGACAAACUGGCCGAGUGGCUGGGAGAAUUGGAGCGAACGCAUACAGGGUUGUUUACUGGACCGGCAAAUCUUGAAGCGCUUAAGGAAAAGUUGGAGGAGAAAGAGGUAAUUAACAUGUGCAUACUUGAUAGUCAGUUAAGGCUAAAAUGUAUUUCGAGUGAUGUAAAUCUAUUUAAAGCACAAUAAUAUUUUAGAGAGUUAAGAUAUCUGUAGAUUAUCCUCUUCUAGACAAAUGUCAAAAAACGGCAUGUCUUUGCAUGUCGAGCCCUGGUUCAAUUUUUAGUAAUGUCAUAUUAUCUAUCACAUGGCUAGUUAAAUCUUAAGUGUCGUUCUAGAAUUCUUCCCUGUACCUUGUAUUGCUGUUGUUAAGAUAGAUCGAUUGACAGCCAAGGAAAAAUAGGAGAUAUCGUUUCGUGAAGUUUAUUUUCGAGAGGCUUUCCCUGGCGCGUGUAUGUUGGGGCAGAAGCCUAUUUGAUAACUACAGUCGAACCCGUAUGAAGUGGUCAUCCACGGGGAAUGGCGCUCAAUACAGGUUGACCGCUUAUUACAGGUUCCACAGAUUAGGGAUAUUACCAAAAAAAUCGAUAACAAUGUCAGUUUAUGCCAUAAUUAAACCACUAAGUGUACAAAUUCUCGCUCUAAAAUACUACUUACUUUGAUUUUGGGAGAAAAACAUGGAUUAAAAACAACGUGAAAGAUUAUUCUUAAUUUUAUUUGAGUAGUCCCACUUUCAAUGACCUUUCAAUACAGGUAAAAGACAAUAAAACAGGCCGUUGGAACUAAGUAAAGUGUGACUGCGACAGUGAUUAAGGGAAAACAAAUUCGGAACUUCGACAACUUACCGUUUAAUACAGAGUGACCGCAUAAUACGGUGCCCCUUCACACAGGCUCGACUAUACUAUUUUACCAAAUAUUUUUUUUCAGAAUUUACGCAAGGAAAUGGACAUCCAAGAACUUGGACUGGACUUCGUGAACGUGAAAGGCCAAGAACUGAGCAAUAAAGUUGAAGAGAAUCAAUCCAUAGAAGCUGAUCUUCAGCAAAUUAACGACAUGUGGAACAACGUGCAAGAGCUGGUUACAGAACGAACCGAAGAUCUCAGAGGUAUGGUAGCCGAGCUGAGUGAAUUUGAAGAGGACCUUGGUCGUCUCGGAGAUGUACUGAACUACACAGAAGUGUGCCUUCAUGAGAGCGAGAGCUCUAAAGUUCCAGGUUACAAUGGACUUCAAAAUCAACUUGCUAAACUGAAGGUAAAUUUACAAUUUUAAUUCUUGACUAAUUGCAGAAGGGUCUAUAUUUAUGAAAUUAAAAAGAAAAAAUUAAAAAGAGAACUAUAAAGCAAUAAUAAAUGCCAGCUGCUUCAUUUUCUCUGAUUUCGACUAUUUUCAUUUUUAAGCAAUCGAAGUUUCUUAUGCUUUUCCAUCUGAAUUUGAUCUGCUGCUUGAAGUAAGAUCAAAGAACGGGGACAUAAUGUUUGAAAAGGCACUUGGCAACUAAUUUCCAAGUUUUCUUUAAAAUGACUGCGCAUACAGUGUAGAAGAGUUUAAAAGUAACCUUAAAAGUAAACUCUGCGUUUUUCUUCAAUCUAGAAGAAAGCGUUUUCUUGAGAAACUAAAAAGUAAAGGGGUGGAUCUCAAAAGAAACUUGGUGCAGCGUCGGUGGGGGAGUGAAAUAAGCUAAUUAGCUUCUAUCAACUGAGUUUAUUCGCUCUGACGAGGGGCUAACGCUUGAAACGUCAGCUUUGAAGCUUUUUACGGUGGCCAAUUUAUAUUAACAACUCAGGUGAUGAAACCGAAUUAUCUUCUCUAAAAAUGUUUUCUUUUCUUAAGAUUUUGCCUUUCGCUUGUUUCUAGGCCGUUGCAAACAGUUUUGAGGGCCACGUGGCACAGUUCUCCGAUGUACACGAGCGAGGCAACCGCCUCAGGGAACGCUGCAACAGCGAGGGAAGGGUGACAAUCGACGGUAAACUUCAGACACUUCAACGCCGCUGGUCAGAUGUAAGGGAAAAGAUCUCCAGCAAAGUUCAGGACGUUGAAGGCGAGAUUUGCGAAUGGUCGAAUUUUACAAAGGAGCUGGAUGAACGGUUAACUGAACUGCGCAACUCAGACAUAAGUCUGGGAGUAGCAGUUAUCAGCACAGCGGAACUCAAAGUGUUAGAGGAGCAACUUGCUUCGGUUAAGGUUUGGCGCCAAAAAAAUUGAUUUUCUCUACCUGUUUCUCGUUGUUUGGUUGUGGUUUUUUUGUUUGUUUUUUCAUUGUUAUGACAAUAUCACGUCUUAGAGAUUAGAUCUCUGUUCACGGUAGUGUGUUGACUUUUUUUACGCGUAGACCCUUUGUGACCAACUUGAACAAACCCAGCCUGAAAUCGGACAACUAUUGACCAAUGGCCGCCUUCUGUUGGACAAGGUCCCGAAUGAAGACCGCGCCUUCCUAGAGAGCCAAUUAAAUGCUCUUGAAGAGUUGCAAGCCAGCGUAAUUCGAAAGUCCUUAACAAAGCAAGAAGAACUUAUAAAGUGUAUCGUUCAGCAACAAGAUUUUCAGACGCAAGUCCAGAGUUGUAUGCAUGUGCUGGAGGAGGUGGAAACAUCUUUGGGAGAGUGGGAGCUUGGGAUAGCUUCUGGACUGGAUGAAAUGAAGGAAAAGUUGUCUCUUUGUGAGGUAGGGAAGUGAACAAACCCUUUUACAGGAAGUGAGCAAGCCCUCUUACAGGAGCUAUAGCAUAUGCUAUAGUGUUUGAAAGUGUUGUUUUAAAAAAGAAAAAAAACUUCUAAUUUUACCUUAGAGGCAUUUUUUCAUUUUGCCGUCUUUUCAUCAAUCGAGGAUAAUUUUGGUGCAAUGAUCAGAGAGAGCGUUUUUUUUUAAGUACCCGUUUGUGUUGAAAGCAAAGUUUCAUCAGAUAAGUAAAAAAUUAUUUUCCCUGCUUUAUUAUUUUUUCAGCCUUUACUUGCGGAAUUGCAGACGCAGAAAGAAUUUGUCAACAAUCUCAGCGACAAGGGAAAGAAAAUCGUUCAAGAUAAUCCUCAAAAGAAACGAGAAACGUUAGAAAAACUGAGAGCUGUUGGCGAUAAGUGGAAAAGGGUCCAUAGGCUGGCCACUGAGAAAAAGGAUUACCUGAUCAAAUGUAUUGCAGAGGUGGAGACAUUCGAGGUGAAAUACAAUGAAUGUAUGGAAGUUCUUGAGAAAUUCUCAAACGAUGCGACGGAAAUGAAUGAUACAGAUAAAGACUUAUCGCACGUCGAGUCUUCGGUAGAUGAAGUGCUUCGCGUUGGACUUCGAAUCUCGUAUCUUCUCCCGGAAAGUGAGCGGGAAAUCUUGGAGGCGCGGCUUGAGAAGCUGCGUGUAACUUGGAAAGAGAUGUGUGGCGUUCGCGAGGAAUCUGCGCGUGUGCAGGAACGUGAAGUCAUAAAGAAGGAGAAGGCUAAAAGUUUAAAUCAAGAAAAUCAAGACUUUUUGCUUGAAGUGAGUGAAUUUAGCUCGUGGCUAAAAGAAGCAGAGAGUACUUUACAGAUAGACAUGUUUUCUGUUCCUGAAGAAGAGCAGAUGGACGUCAUUCGGAAACAGGAGAAGCUGUAUAACGAAAUCCAACAACAUAGUUUGCUUGUGAACGACAUAAUGACCAAAGGCAAAAAGAUAUCUGCUCGAAUGAACGAGGAGGAGAGAGCCAGUAUCAAAAAACAACUUGAAGACCUGUCUUCACGAUGGGACAAAGUUCGAACGCUAUCCGAUUUACAGGGUGAUGAAAUUGAACGGUGCAUCGGAGAACAGACAGAUUAUUACGAACAAUUGGAAACGUGUGUUCUUUGGAUGCAAGAAGCAAGCGCCGCCAUAGCAGCCGACGGAGCUCAUCCUAGUGAUAUAGAGGGUAUUAAGGCCGAGCUGGGGAAGCACAGAGAGCUUUGUCAGGAAUUAACACGCAGAGAAGAAAUGGUGCAGGCGGUAAUGGAAAAAGGAAAGAACCUUUGCGAAAAAAUCCCUCCCGAGGAGAGAGCAGCUGUAAUGGAACAACUGACUCGUGUUAAAGAUGAAUGGUCAAAGCUGCAAUAUGAAUCUAAAGAAAAGGAAAAAGAGUUGAGGCGGUGUCUCGGGGAAACAGUCGAAGAUGUGGAAGAGGAUGAUGAGAAUAUGGUGCAGGAUGUGAAAUCCUUUUGCCGAGAAGUAGGUAAAUGGUCAGAGUGGGUAAAAGCAUUAAUGACUCGCGCCGAAAAUUCAGAGGAAAUGGUGGUGAUGCUUUCCGAAAUAGAAAACCAUUACAAUGAUCUGGAGGCAACCAUCGUUAAAGGAGAAGAAAUGCUGGAUAAAAUGACUGCAACACCAGACAGAGAGCGGCUGGAGACCUUUCUAUUGCAGCUUAAACAGGGCUGGGAGUCUCUAAAAAUGAAGGCCGGAUGCAAGAGAAGUCGACAGGCUAGGUUGGGUAGUGAGCUUGAGAGAAAGAAUGUCUUGUUUGUAGUAACCAUGAGUGAGUUAAAGGGCUGGCUUAUGGAGGCGCGCGAGAGAGCCAAUCAAAUUCAUCCAACGUCAGUUCAAAGUAUUGAGGGGUUGGAAGAAGCUUUGAAAGUCUGUUGCGGAGUGAAGAAUGAAUUUCUUGAAAAGAAAGCCGCGUUUGAAGAACUGAUGUUGACAGGAAAAGAAAUAGCAGCCGAGUGGGAGAGCGAAAAUCUGGGUAAUGAGGAGGUCGUUACAGGCCAGAUGGACGGACUAAAAACGGAAUGGGUAAACUUCCGAGAAAGUAUGGAAAAGCAAGCUAACGUACUUCAAGAUGCUAUUACUCAGGCUCAACAAUUAGAAUCGGAUUUCGGAAAAGCGGAACGGAGUUUGGUGGAUGCCCAGUUCAGGCUGAACAAUAUCUCGAGUGAGGACGAAUUCGAAGCCGUUGAAUCGGAGCUGCAGAGCUUGCAAGGACUUUUAUGUGAUGUUGAAAUGUGCGAAGCCGAAAUUGCAUCUAUUGAGGCAGGGAGCCAGAUGAUGCCUUCAAGCUGUCAAGCAAUACAGGAUGCGUUCAACACCCGCGUUUGCGAAUUGACAGAAAAACUUCUGAACGUCAAGGAGAAUAUCUCAAGAAAGAUUCAGCAAGACCAAGAGACGCUAGACCAGAGAGAGCAGUUAGUGACAGAGUUGCUUGAAUGUAAAGGGUUGAUUAAUAAAGUGGAAAAUUCCGCAAACGAAGAGUUAAAAAUGGAAAACAUACCGUUGUUGGAAGAAGGAGUUGUGUUCACAAAAGAAGCUUUGUCUUCUACAGAGAACGCGUUGGCUUCUGUUCACACCAAAACCGGAGAAGUUCUCAGUAAAUUGAAACCAGCGGAGCAGUCUGCGUUACGAGCAGAAGUGAAUGAUUUGAGGUCACAGUGGGAGUACGUUGGAGAAAAUACCUGUAAAAGGGUCGAGAAUCUUGAAAAGCGUAUUGCAUCUUGUAAAGAUUUUGGCCGAGAGUUGGAAAAUUGCAACGAGUGGAUCGUUAAAGCAACAGACGAAAUUUCGCGGUCAGAGUUUGUUUCCGGCGAUGUUGCCUCUCUGGAAGAGCAUGUUGCAAGUUUGAAGACCAUCAUUGGUGAGAGUAAAUCCUCCGAGAAUGUAGUGAAUGUACUGCUGGCGAAGAGCGACGUGUUUUUAAAAGAUAUCGACGAUAUGGAUAAUGAAAUGUACGAAUCGCAAGUGGCUAAAUUGAAAAGUUCUGUCAAAGAAGUAGAAGAGCGAUCGGCAAUGGAAAUUGCUAAGCUGCAGGAGAGAAUUAACGAAAGUAAAACUUUCCAAGAGGCUUAUCAGGAAUUGGAGUCGUGGGUUGAGAGUGAGUUGAUCGAAACUUGCUCUGAAGAGGUCCAAAGUUCCUCCGUAGAGGAAAGACUGAAAAAACUUGAAUUACGACGACAGUUGGUCUUGUCAAAGGAGAGCGAACUUAAACUUUUACUUGAAAAGGCAGAGAAACUAUUGAACAACGCUGACGAAGCUGAAAACGAAACGUUUCAGUAUCAGUUGUCAAACUUGCAGAGCUCCUAUACAGAGCUAAAAUGCAAGGUGGAUGUCAAUCUGUCCUCACUGCAAGGUGAACAUGAAAAAGGGAAAGAAUUUGAAGCAGAGUUGAGACAGUGCAGAAAUAUCGUGCAGGAAAUUGAAAACACCGUGUUGUCCGAGACGCCAUGUUUUACUGACAUUGAGGAAAUGGAGGCUUACGUUGAAGAACUGAAGAAGAAAUUUGAAGACGCUUUGUCUCAAAGAUCUUUGAUUUUUAGUCUUAGCGAGAAGAAAGAUCAAAUUUCGACAUCAAAAGAUGCCACAGAUGGUUACUCAGAAGUUGUAGAUAAAUGGAAAAUGUCACUCGCUCGCUUCUCAGAAAAGAUAGCGGAUACUGAACGUCGAAUUGCUUUAGAGAAGGAACUUAAUGACAGCUGUGAAGAUGUUAUCAGUUGGAUAGAUAAUGUCGAAAAGGAAAUAUCUUGCGUGUCCGACCAUGCUCCAGAAAAGGAGGAGGUCGUUGAACAAGUUGAGAGACUUAAAAGUUUAAGUAACGAAUGCGCCUCUUAUGAACAGAUGAUGGAAAGCUUACGAGGUAAGGUAGAAAAUUCGCCACUUGAAUCAAACGAGGGUUUUCAAUCAGCACAAGAAGGUCGACUUAGUUCGUUAGAGGCCAGGUUCGAAGAAAUGCACAGGCGUUUGGCGGCAAAGCUCGGAGAUGUAGAACACUGCGUGACUGAUCUUAGUGACGUUACAGAGCAAAUAUCUUCAUGUAAAGAGUGGUUAUUGCAGAAAAAGGAAUUGAUAGCCAAUGAGGAACAAGUUUACGAGCUUGGAAACGUACCGCAGCUAGAAGAAAAGCUUUUCAAAUACCAAAAUCUAAGUAACGAGUCGGCCACAGCACUUGAUGGUAUUACGCAAGCCAAAGUGAAGGUUGGCCAAGGCAUUGGGAAAGUUUCGACUGCAAUAGAAGAUUCGCUAUCGAAAGAACUUAACAGCUUGUGCGACACUUUGACGGGAUUACAUGAGGAGUCGUCCGCCAAGUGCGUGGAAUUGGAGAAGCAUCUAAGAGAAGCAAAGGAAUUUCAAGACAAAGUGACGCAUUAUGAAAAUUGGUUGCACCAAGCAAAUGAUGUCUUGCAAAAGCCAUUAGAGAGUCCAGUGAGUUUGAACACCUUGGCUGAGCAUCUGAAUGAGUUGCGUUAUUUGCAAACUGAUAUGGAUGAUAAACAAGAGGAGUUCCGCAGUUUUCUUGAGAGGAAUAAAGACCUUGUUGCACGUAGCGGAGUUCAAGUCAGGCUGGUAAAAGCAAGUGAGAAGUUUGAAUAUCUUAAUAAAGAACUGCCCCAGCUUCUGAAGGAAACAGAGGCAAAGAUCAACGAAUACACAGAAAGCAAAAAACAAUUAGAGGAAUCGCAAGAAUGGUUAAACAGUGCCGCCCAAAUAGUUGAUUCUGAUAUUAUGUACUCUUUGGACGAUACAAGAGCGGAAAAACAGUAUGCUGAGCUUAAAGAUUUGCUGCUCAAAAUUGAAUCAUUUGAGGCUGUAUUAACCUCGAUGGAAGAGAAAAAAAGUUGUUCGGAUGUUGUUGAAGAGAGAGAUGACAGCAAUCUUCAGGGAAAACUUGAUUCCCUCAGAAAGAAAUGGGAAACACUUAGAGAGGUUGCAGUUGAUAAGGAGGAAACCUUACUGGCAUUUCUUCAAGCGAGAGACAAUUACCAAGCUUGCUCAGAACGUUGUCAGGUAGCUUUGGACGAGUUAAAGAACUUUUCUGUCGAUGGUUGUCAAUAUUCAGCUGAUAAAGACAACUCAAACGUCCAGCUCGAAAAACAGAGACAGCAAGUUAAGAAAUGCCAGGAACUUGAAGAACAGAUUCGUUUAUUAGAAGAGGAAGGUGAUCAUGUGAGCAGCAGGUGCGAGGAACUGAGGGGAGCGUUGCAAGACAAGUUGAAGGAAGUUAAGGAUGAAUGGCAGAAUAUCAGUGCAGAUGCUCGUAUUAGGUAUGAACAACUUGAAUCCUGGAUCUGCGAAGUGGGUGACAUUCAUGGUGAUGUUGACGUUUGUUUAGCUCGCGUUAAAGCGCUGCAUGAAUCGCUUCAGAACUGUGAUUCGGAGGGAACUGAUAUUCAAACUGCAAACGAAAUCCUCGGUCAACUUAAGCAAGCGGCUUCAGAACUUGAAUCAGAGAAGGCAAAUGUGGACAGCCUUGUUGAAAAAUGGGAUGUGCUUUUGACAAGGGUCGAUUCCAGGGAAAAGCCACAGCUGGAGAAUUCGAUUCGGGAGCUUCAAACAGCGAUGAAUGAGGCAGCAAAAUAUUCAAAAGAAAGAGUCCAUCGAGCAGAAGAACGCAUAACUAAUAUCAUCGAGUUAGAUAAAGAAUCAGCUCGCUGUGAAAGCUUGCUAACCAUUUACCAAGCGGCUGUCCCUGUUGAUGUUUCUUGUACAGUGGAAACCUUGGAAGAUCAAAUGGAAAAGCUCAAAAGACUCUAUGGAGACAUGGAGUCACGUGACAAUCACAUGACAGCUUUGCAGGAGAAGGAAGCGAAACUGUUAUCUGACGAAAUCAAUCAAAGCGGUGGCAGUAACCCUGACGCAAAAAUCGGACAUCUGCAGGGAGAUUGGGGCAAGCUCAAGGCCUCAGUAGGAGAAAAGCUACGCGAACUUGAGCGUUUAGCUCAGACAAAGAAAGAUUUCGAAGACGACUACAACACUUGCCAAGAAGGUAUUAAGGAACUUGAAGCUGCAAUCAUAGCAAGGGAUAAUGAUAGAGGAUCUGUGGAGGAACGAGUGGAGAGAAUGCAAGAGCUCUGCUCUAGGAUCAAGUCCUACCGUAACAAGCUUGAUCUUCUUACAGAUAGAUGCGAUGAGCUUCCAAACGUCGCUUAUGAUCAGAAAGAUCUUGAUCCUAGACGAAAGCUGGCUACCGUUGUUAGGAGAUGGGAAGAGGUUAAAGCCGAGGCCUUGGGAAAACUAAACGCUCUAGAGAAAGAGAAGGCCGAGAUACAAAAACUUGCGCAAGAUACCUCGAAUUUGCAAUGUUGGGUGCAGGAUGUGUGUACUUCUUUUAUCCACACAGACCUUCCACCAGUAGUUCAGAUGAACGAAUUAGAAAGCGCUCUUAUGGCUAACACUGAAUUACGUUCAAUUCUGGAGACUAAGUACAAAAUGUUUCAAGAAUUGUUGGCUCAGUGUAGCAAGAUCAAAGGGGAAGGACAGCGUAAAGAGACGGUGCUGACAAAUCUUCAAGAGAUAUCCAGCAGUUUGAAAGGUUUGAAAGAAAAAUUCGCAGACAGGGAUGCUGAGAUUAAAAGCCGCAGUAAGCAACAUGCCAAACUAGUAACAGAUCUAGACCGCACAAGGGACUUGUUGAUGGAAGUAAAAAGCCAAUAUAACCCUGAGUCAGUUGAAAAUCUUGAAAGCGAAAACUGGAUUGAUGAAGGCAUUACAUCACGGAGAGUUGCGUUGGUAAAACUUGAUUCUUGUAAGCUGCUGUUGGUUUCUAUGACCGAUCAAAUUGCUAAAGAAAGCCCAGAGCGAAAAGAAAUCGGCGAAAAUGCGAUAGCAAAAGAUAUACGUGAGUUGACGGAAGAUGUACAUGUAACACAACAGCAGCUUGGUGAAGAAAUAAUACAGCUGGAAAAACUGCAGGACUUUGAUAACGAGUGCAUAGAACAAUUGACACUGUACAAAAACCUUUUAGUGAAGCUUGGUAACAUUGACUUAGACGUCAUUGCCAAAAAAGGCGAGGUUGAGCAGACCGAGGAAGAACUCGUUGUGUGCCAGGCUGUUGAUCAAGAGGUUUCGGAGAGGGAAAGAGAUUACGAAGCACUGAUUGGGAAUGAGGAUGUGGCGUUGAGUUUUGCUCCUCAAGAAAGGAAAGAAGAAAUAAGAACACGAUUUCGUCAGAUGAAUGACACGAGAAUUAGUUUGAAAGAGUUGAUUUCCAAACAAAUCGAUGAAUUACGAAAUCUGGUUGCCGAACAGCAGACCUUGGAAGGCUGGCUUAAAACGGCGGGAAAUUUAGUCGCUGAUGCGGUAAUAGUGCUGGAGGAAAACCAGGGUAGCCAAACUCUUGACAGCUCCCAAAUGUCCGAGAGGUUGGAGACUCUUGCCGCCCACAUUGCCAAGAUUGAUGAAUAUCUCAAAUAUGGCGGAAGCUUUCAAGGUGGGGUUAAGGCACCCGAGGUUGCAAAAGCGAAAGCAAAGAUGUCUGAACUGAAGCAACAGUUAAAAAAUGCCGAUAAUGAUUGCAAGCAUUUUAAGGAAAACUGUGAGCUGUUUGAAAGCGAGGCUAGGGAAGCCGCGGUGACGUUCGAACGAUGUGCCGCUGAACACCAAGUUCCUGUAUCUCUACAAGAGGCUCAAGAAAAACUGGAAAAUUUAAAGGUAAGCAAAUAUCAAAUAAAAUCAAUAGUAAAUAAAAGUUCAAUUUCCCAAUCUAGUUACUGAAACUCCUGCUGAUAGUGAUUUUUAAAAGCGAAGUUUAGGCUUGAUUUUAAGUUAAUUUCCUUUAUAUGAGUAUCACUUCCAAUAGUAGUCUAGUCUAAGAUUUUAAAAAAGAUCUUUAAAGAAGAGUCGGUUUUUCUUUUUUCUUUUUUUUUUUCGAGCUGAGCUGAACUGAGAAAAACGGAGAUUUUUCUUUCUCCUCAUUCCUCUCGUAACACGGCCUCACAGCGCCUCAAACCGCCCUCUGAGCGAGUGAUAUAAGCUAACGCAAUUUCUAUUGCUGUUGCUGAUGAAAUGACAGGACGCGAGAGUUUUCAACGUGAAAAAUAAUCAACCACAUUGUUUGAAUUUCAAAUGAAGUCCACCGCUUCCUCUUUGUUUUCAAAACAAUAGCACAUGCGAUUGAUCAUUUUAUGACUGCGAGUAAACUGCGAAACGACUACCAACCCCAUGGACCGAAGAUAAAGACUUGUUAUCGCCUUUUCAACAUGACUAUGAUCCCCGACAUUUUUUAUUUUAUUUACCUUGAAGGAAAUGCGGUGAGUGAACACGUUUUGUAAUUCCGGUUGACAUUUUGCUUUUGACGAGGACGAUUGUCCAAGGGAAGCAAAACGGUGGCGGUCGUUGCUAUGGCUUGAAAGAUUGUCACAAAAUAUUUGCAUCAUCUUAUCUUCAAUAAACACUUUUUAAGUCGUUCUAAGCAGGGCAAAGAAAAAUUUGAAUAUUGAACGUACUCGGAGGCCUUCUUUAAUGUUAUUACAUGAUCUUGCGUUUACUAAGUCGACGACAACGGUAAAUCAAACUAGGAAACGACGGCGAAUUCGUUAAUUAUUUUUUGUGUUCUUCAGCUGUUUCAGUGGAUUUUGAGAAAACUUAGGACUUUUUUUGCCCUAAGAUAGGGUAAUUAUUUCGUAAAUAUACUUUCCAUGUCGUUGAAGCUAAAAAUUACAAUGAUCCCCAUAGGCAGGUUAGUCAAGUGUUAAAUGAAUCCCGGUUCAUUAUUUCUGCGGUGUCGGAUGUUUUCCCUCAAGUUUUUAUUAUCUUUUUGCCAAUGCCCACUUUAUGACCUUGUCAUAUAACAUCGUUUAAAAUAUUUAAUUUAAAAAUGUUGCCGACUGAAAUUCGGUUGCAGAGAAGAGAGUGUACUGAUGACAUCGUUUCCUUAUUGCGUUUUUCGAUGGCCGUCGUGUCUUCCUUCCCUGUUCCUCCUUCAAGUGUGUUUGUAUUAUGUUUGGUAUGAGAUAUGACCAUUUCAGUGGGAGCGCUGAACGAUCUCGACUGUUCUUUUUAGAAUGGAAGUGAAUUAAUUUUGUGUCAGUGUAGAUUUGGAACUCCUCUGCUAGACAACAGGUUGUACAAUAUUUAUCGGCAAUGUUUACGCUUGUCAAGAGAGAGGUUUUAUUAAGGCCUUGUUUUUUUGUGACGUGCGAGCAGGUACCUACAGUUCACUGCACUCGUCUGAUCUCCAAUUUUGUUUUAAUAAAUGGCGUGGGCAAAGGUUUUGAGAGCUACAGAGACCGCGCCAGAUUAAAAACCUGUGUGUCAUUGGAGACCAAACCCGUUACGGAUACGUUGAAGUAGUCUUAAUUCUAAUAUCAUAUUUAUACGAUAACCUUACAUAAAAACAGGUAGCAAAGAGAAUUUUGGGUUUGCUUUUACUUCUUCUUUCUGUUUUGUAGGCAACGUAGUUUUAAGCUUGUUUUUAUUUCAAGAAACUUUAUUCAAAGUGUCCUUACGUGUCUGGUUUUCGCGUUGCGCACUGAAGGAAAAAUAGACGCACUAGACUGAUUUCUAUUAGCCGCUAUCUGUUUUGUUUUGGUGUACUUUGCUUGGUUGGUUUUGCUGUGCUUUGUUAUAUGGUUUAUUGUGGUUGUUGUGGUCGUCAUUGUUUUGUAUUUUUAUGUCACGCAGUAUUCGUCAUGUCAGGUCACCGUAUGUCCGCUGAACACCGACAGAAAUAACAAACCAUCAAAAACGCUUCCUCUUCUAUUUUUGUAAAAUGUGCAUUGAUAAGGAUUUUUCCUUACCUAUUUCUGUUUUUUAUUGUGUUCCAAGGAGUUACAAAAAGACGUCGAAAACAGACAAAAAUCCUUGAACACACGAGGUGAACAGGUCAGCGGAAAGUUGAAGAAGGUUGAGCAGAAAGAGUUCAUGGACAGACUUCGAACGCUGAACGAAGAAUGGCAGAAAGCGAAAGAUCAGUUGGAUGAACAACGUAAACAUCUCGAAGAUGGAAUAUCCAGCUGUAUGAAGCAUCUUGAUAUGCUGGAGCAAGCAAAGUCAAAAGCGAAAGAAAUUGACGGACUGCUCGAUGAGAUAAACUCUACUACGGAGGCAGACAUAUCAGCUUUAGAGUCGAAAACUCAGGUAAUUUAUACCUCAGAAAUAUAUUAAAAUAAUUUUAUUUAAAUCCUUGUGGCUUAAACAUUAGAAAUACCUCUACUCAAGAACCGUCGACAAUCUGUUGUGAAAGUUAAACAGUAAUCACAGUAGUUUUCCACAAAGAAAUCGUCUCCUUGAAGGAAACUUGGCAAUUAUUUUACAAGAAGGAAAAAUUUACCCAAAAUGAUUGUUUUCUUUGAAACAUUCUCUUGAUCUCGGUGAUCUUCAUUAUCAUUACUCGUUCAUCUUGAAUCAGCGUUUGAUUUUUUUUAAUGGCUAAAUGUCUGUGUAGUUUUCGCCAAAUCGUGUGAGCCUUCAUUAGUUAGCAUAUUCAAAUCCACAAUGUUCCGCCAACCUCCUUGAGGUCAUUUUUCCGGUUUUUAUCGCGAACAUAGCGAAUUUUUCAAUUUUUAUAACCCAUAUGUAACCACUCGAGAAUUCACUCGAGAAUUUUACAUUUACUUCGACCAUAUUCCUUACAAUAUAUGCUGAACGUUGGCGAGGCGACCUUUUUCACCAGGUGAAGUUAGGUUUUGUUUACUCGCUCGUAAAACACAAAAAUUUGCAUUGGAAGCGAAAAAAACCCAUACUCAUUUCGUGCUGAUAUAAAUAUCGUUGUUUGACACAAGCAUUGUUUAAAAUAACAGACCGUGCGACGAAAGAAAGAAAUUUAUUUUAAUACAAGCGUUUGGAAACGUUGAAUACGUUUGAAUUUACUUUAAUAUUAGCGUCUGGAUACUGAUAUUCACAAAAUGUUCUAAAAUAAGAAUUUACUUAUCAUUCGACAACCAACUGCGAAUCUUCCGACACAGUUGAUUGCCCCAGGAUGAAGAAAUGAUAAAUUGCUUCGUUAUUUCCCGUUUUUUUAAUGAUCUCAUUAGCCUACCCUACCCCUUGCCGUGACUGCAUAGAAUUUUUUUUAUUAAUUAAACGAGAUUGGGGCAAUAUCCCGGGAAUAAAAGAUUUUGUACUUUGUGCAUGUCUUAUAAAUCUUCCUGGGUAUUUCUUCUGUAAGUUGUCAUUGAAAGAGUGGUCCUUCAAUUAACUACCUAACACGCGAGAUGUUAAGCAAGUUGGACAGUUUUAAGGCUUCUCUCUAUAAUCGCCGCAUUUACAACAGGAAGAUGGCGAAAUAUGUAACGUCAAUAUUCGGAAGUACAUAUAAACAAAGAGAGCUAAAGUUGUGUCACGAAGAAACGCUAAGCGCAGCAUCCCCGUAAAAAAAAUGCGUCCUUAACGCUUCAAGUUGUACUGAGCGGCAAAAACAUUUACAGUAAUGGACUGGUGUACUGAUCGUGUACUGAUCGUUUACUGAACUGGCCCGUGUACUGAAUUAGAGCUUGAGAGAAACUUGUAUCGAACUGGGUUAAAUUUCAGCUGGAUGUGUGACACAUCCGUCCUUUCUGCUAGUAUCAGUUUCGUCUUAAGCGUGCCACGUGCUCCUUGCAGUGAAAAAGGUUUUCAAGAGUGAAGAACUAUUCCAAAAUAUGAGACUUCAAUAAAGAUUUGACCCCAUCGUUGUCCAUUUUCCUCCACUAAACUACAGGACGUUUCUUAGCGAGCUAAAUCCUUUAAGGAUCAGGAAACGCGAUCUAACCUGCGCCUAAGUUAAAACUGGCUCCGAUCUGCCUCAUUAAAUUACCAGCGGCUGACAUGAGAAAACAUGCUCUACAGUGACUUGCUGAAGUCUUGUUUAGUAUUCUGUAAGAAUGAUAAGUCGCUCGUGCUGGCCCUUUUCGAACUAAGUACAACUGAACAAAUGCUGCUACAUCACCCCGUUGGUGUUGGUGUUGGUGUUAUGUAUUUUAUGUGUGUAGAUAUGUUAUGACUAAUAUUUAUUACACUCUCAACAAUGCAAAUACUUAACGCGGAGCACUUCAUUUAGAAGACUAAAAGAUUAGGAAUGGUCGCUUGGGUCUAAAGCACCUUCAGCUAUGACUAAAGUUCUUCCCAUCAAUGUUAUAUACUUGAAACCAAGAAAUCUUUUGAUUAAUCAGUUAACUAUCUCGGUGAUCUUUAUUGGGAUAUUUUUUCUGCACAUUUAACUGUCAUUUUGCUUUUUUUUUUUUUUUUUUUUUUUUGGAGGGGAGGGAGGAGGGGGGCCUUAGGACAUUUAUGGGGGUUAUCUUGGGUUUAAUUAUUCCCUGCUACUUUUUUAAGAUAUCCACUUUUUUUUCCUUUUCUGUAAGUUUGUGACAAUCUGUUUAUGAAUGAACACCAUUUGCUUUUUUUUUUUUUUUUUUUUUUUUUUUCAGAAUCUCUAAUUGUAAAUAUGAGUUUUUUUUCCCUCUAGGAUUUAAGAGGGAAACUAGAGAUUUUUGAAUCCCUUAUGGGAAGCAUGACAGAUGUUGCCUCAACAAUACCAUGGAAGGAGUCGAUUGAUCAAGAGUCCGCUGUGGUUAGUUUUGAAGCACUCCGGAACGACGCCAGAAAGAAACAACAAGAACUGCAUGAGACUAUUUCGUUUCACAAACAGUACCGCGAGGCAGUAGUUAAAGCAAAUGAUUGUCUGCGUGAAAUAGAAGAGAAGCUCGAGGAUGAAACGCGAAACAGAUCCGACUUUGAGGUAAAAUCUCGAUUGUGUGGUAUUUUUCCUCUGGAAAGUAUCUCAUAAUGUUAUGACCUACGCCGUUGAUGCUUGAUAUUUUAGCCUCGCUCAUUUAUGAGCCCUUUAGUGCGGGUUAAAAUUUACUCCAGCAAGAACCCUUUUCAGGCUAAGAAAAUUAUACUGCGAAAAUAAAUCAGUACCGUUCCGUGGUUUGUUUGUCCUUCAGCUCAAUUCUGUUUUCAUAGACAUUGCUGUUAUUGUUGCGCUCAAAGUUCAAGUUGAUGAAGUUGUUAAUAUGUCACUUAAAACUUCGGCGAAACCCUGCCAAGAAGAAAAAUUCGUCGUUACUAAUGUAUGCAUGCUAAACACGCAUAAGAUUAUGCGAAGGAUGUAGCUUUAGAAUUACUUCAAGUAUUCUUUGUCUGACCGUUGCGUCCAGGAAUGCCGGCAACAGUUAGAUGAUGUCGCUCCCCUACUUCAGACAGCGAGAGAAAAAGCCAAAGUUCUCACCAUGAUGGAACCGUAUGGAUCGCAGGGAAGAGAUGAGGUACAGUUUAAAGUCGACGAGUUAGCUGAGAUAUGGGAGGCAUUGCAGACAAAACUCCAGUACAAAAUAGCGGAAACAGAGCAGUGUCAAGCAGUAAAUGCUCUAAAUGACGAGAUGGAGACAGUUGCCAGAAGGUUAGACGAAUUGGCAGCGUCAACAGAAGACCUAACAACAUCCAGUUAUGAUUGCACAAGAGUUUUAGAGCAAAGGGAGAAUUAUGAGGUAAGAGCUGGAAUGUUCAGUUUCAACCCUUUGUGAGAGGGGAAUUUUUUAAGAAACUUUCUUUCCUUUGAAAAUGCUUCACUUGAAAUUUGCUGUAAGUGAAUCAUUUGGGAAACACUCGAUGUACUUAGGAUGGCCACGAUACCCAGCUUCCAGAUCGCAUUAGAAAUGAAUAAACAGAACCCUCGGGAAGAGUGCUUUUCCAAGCGCAAGGAAUAGUCAGAACUCAUUAAGUUAAUCCACUUUUAGUCCAUCAGCAAAGAAGUUUCUGAUCUUCAUGGUUCAGUCGAAGACCUGGAUAGCAGGUGUCAACAACUUAUGAACUCCGUUCCCCUGAAAGAAAGCGAGGAGCUUGGAGAACAGCUUGUCACGCUUAAAGCCAAAUGCGAACAUCUUGAAGAUCACGUGGCCGAGAAAGAGGAGGAGUUUGAAGAGACACUUUGGAAGUGGCAGGAAUUCCAGAGCGACAUGGACACAUGCUUUUGCAAUUUGGCCAUGAUCGAAAAGUCUUUGGAUUUCCAGUCCAUUGAUGAUGGAGAAUUGGAGGAUCGAAGAGAGACACAUCAGGUUAGGACGAGCUUUGAUCGCGUUAGAACCAGUCAAGGCCUUAGUAAAAAGGUUCCAAGCGCGGGAAAACUUCAGAGCCUUACCUAACAAUGCUCAUUGUGUCCAAUCGUGAAAACGUCAUUCAGCAAUUUUUUUGCGGUUCGACUUGCAAGGUUUGACUGCCGAGAGAACCUUGAAAGCGAGGGGAAAGGUGCUUGGCUGAUCAUGCUAUUAGCGAAAUAUUAUCAUUUUGCAAUAUUGUCAGGUCUCACAACUUUUAAAUGCCGAUACACCGGCGAGCCGUGUGGAAGGGUUUUAUUGAUUUAGCUUGAAAAGGGAUCGUUUUCUUGUGUUAUCGGUCGUAGAGCUUAAUUAUACAUUGAUAACUUCUUCUUACAUUUUUCGCAUAGCUUGUUUGUAUUUGAUGAUCUAAAGAACGACUAUUGUAAAUAUUCAUCUCUGUUUUUGUGCGUCCUCUCAUGGUAAAACUUCGCUUUCUUGCCUUUUGCACAUCAUAUUUUCAGAUGCUCUCAGACAAUUUGGACUUCCAGGAGUCUAUUCUUCUUGAAAUCAAAGACAGAGCAAGUGACGUCUUAGAGCUUUUCCCUCUCGCAGACGUCGAUAAAGCUAAAGUCAAAUUGAUUUCCCUUGAUCAGCGGUUUCUUCUUGUGAAAGAACGCCUUCAGAGAAGACAAGAGGAGAUGCUGAAGUCUUCCGUCGACUGGCACGAGUUUGAGUGCGGGCUCAAGAGCUGUUUGGAAUGGGCACUAAGGGCAGAAGAUCGCUUAUCGGGCGAGUUAAAUUUGCUUGAAAGCGAGGUUGAUGUUGAAAGGCUCAAGGUUAGUGAAGUAGGGUCUUUCGUUACGUACUCUAAACUAUGCAAAGCUAAGUUCUCGACUAAACCAAGAGAAGGGAGAGAGGCCAGAUUGUUUUAAAUUUUAGAGUUUCCCAAGUUGUGUUUUACAUCAGUAAGUUGGCUUCGCGGCGGUAUUUUAAUACAUAAUUUUCCAAGCGAAUACAAGCCAGAACAAAUAAAUUAAUUUUAAAAAAAAUAGAAAAAAAAAAACCAAUUAAAAGUUUCUCAAAUCUCACACACGCAUACCUUUAAUAGACCACCUUUCCUGAAGUCUUAUUGUGACCACUUAUGUAAGUGAAAUUUAAAUAACGUUAGUUGGCGAGGUAUUUUUUCGCGCCUCUCUUUAAUCCCAAGCAAGUAUUUACGCUCUCCUCAGACCCUAUCUUACAACGCGCUGACGUUUUUUCUUUCAAGUCACGAACAAAGCAACCUUUGUACAAAGUAUUCGAAAAAGACUGUGGUUAUGGGUCACUAUUUACAGAGUUCAGCGCGCAGAAAUCCGCGCUUGUUAUUUAAAGUGUGAUUAAUGGCCCUACUUUCGACGUAGUAGAGUAUUUCGACAAGUAUUGCAUAAAUUACCGCGUUAAAGCAAACACAAGCAGGUGUCUCAAUUCAUAUCCCUAUGGCGGUACUGAUGCAUUUAUUUUUCUUAUGAAGUCUUUAAAUUCACCCAUUUUCCUCGAAUUCUGAGUUACCAGAGUUUUUCCCUCGCCGUAACAGGUACAAUAAUGCGUGAAUUAUCAGUUAGAAGUGAUAUCGAUAAAAUUGUCUCUCUCUCAGCCAAAAGGAAAGUCUAGAGAAUAUAAGCUGUCUUGAUCUUUGAAAACAAUUUCUUCCAUUUUCUCUUUGAGAAAUGCAUUGCUGGAAUACUAGAUGUAAUGAGAUUUUUCCUGUGAAUAAACUCACAGUUACUAUUUAGCAUAUUGAUCGCCCUGUAUGGGGUUAAAUAAAUCUUUCUUUACCUUUCACCGCAGCUCUAAAAUGAACUUUUUAUCAAUUUUGAUUGUUCAUUUCACCUUUCAAGGUCGUUUUGGUGAUAUUUUUUGUCUCAAACACUGAGCCUGGAAAUUUCUUUUGAACACGCCGGUAUUAGGUGAUAUCUGAAGAAGAAUUGCAUUUAUUAAUUUAAGUCACACAAUUUGUGAAUCGCACCGACUAAUAUUAAAUUCACUGAAAGCGCAAAUCGAGGCUAAAUCGGCAUAUUUACGCCUCUUUAGGUAAGUUUGAUGUUGUGAGUGUACUAAGUUGUUGAUUUUCUUCAUUUCAAUGGUGAAUUCUGACUUGUGAAAAUAUCUUCUUUAUUUUAUAUUUCAAAGCGCUUUUGGCGCGCCACGUUGCCUACGAGAAUCGCGAAGCUUGAAUUAAUUAACGUAUUGCGUUGGUUAAUGUAUGCGGAUGAGUGUUAGCCAUGUUUUCCUGGUUGUACAACAGCCAUUUUAACUUCUUUGCUGUCGAAAAUAUGGUUUCUUAGCAGCAGAAUUGACUUUAGACUGGUGGAGUAUCAAAUCUUUUAUGGCUCAUCGCGGUUUAUUGCUUUUGAAACGGCGAUCUCAAUUUUUGGUCGAUUACUAACAACAGUGGCUGGCCGAGCUUUAAACAGAAUGGAAUACUAUAUAGUUAGAUCCUGCAGAUCUUUUAGGACAAGAAAACGUGAACGAUGAAGGCGACAGUGGCUACCUGAGAAAUCUCAUGGCGAGCAACAGUUCAGAUUUGUACUUGCACUAUUUUUAUUUUCAGGCGUUUAGCGAUGAAUUGGAUGUGCGGCAGGGUGAUUUCGAGAGCAUUCGCAGCCAAGGCGACCGAUUGGUUUGCCAGCUCAGCGAUCAGUCCGAACGAGAGGUGCUUCAAAAGCAGAUGGAUGACAUUUCGGAUCGACUGGAUCGUAUCCAGAAUCUGGUAAAUGACAGAGGACAGAGAAUCGGCGAGAGAAGUCAUUACGGAGUGGUAGAAUUUGAAGAGUCGUUGAGGGUUUGCUACGAUAGAAUUGACCAGUUUAAAAGCAAGUUGCGGGAAAUGGAGAAUUUGGAAUCGAACAACGAAGGGAAAAAUAAGUCACAGGUGGGUCAGUUAAAGGUAAACCACAGGUUUAAGUUUUGUUUCGAUAUUUUUCGAGUCAUUAUUUAUCACACCGCAAACCCUGUUUGCUGUAAACUGAUCCGAAAUAAGGAGAGGGAAGCAGCUGCGAAUAAUUUGGUGAAAUUAAUAUGAGAAAGAUUGAGUCUUAUGAUAUGCAUGAUGUGCGUACACACCGACGGAAUAGAUUGUUUGAAAAACAACAUUUUUUUUCGUUAAAGCGGUAUCCUUGCUUCGCCCUUCAAAUUAUUUAAAGCGAUCUAAUGGGCGCUACAGGCUCAAUAUGGGAAAGUCGUAUGUUACUGAAGACGAAUCGAUUAAUUAUGAGACCAUGCUGCGAGAUAACCGUCGCAAUGGUUGAAAUCAGAGAACUCAAAACAUUCACGCACUUACUUCUCGCUUUUGCGUCUUUAACCGCAAUUGUUCUCUCGACCAAAGCCUUAUUUUCUUUAUUAUCUUUUCAUUCUCUUCUUAGUAAUGACUAAGAUUAACAGAACUUGCCUGACACGCUUCAUUGAAGCGAAUUUAAAUACAUUGUCACGCUCUGAGCCUUUGAGAACUCGUUAGGAACAAAAUCCUUUUCCUGCAUAGAGGGCGAAUAUUUGUUUAUUAUUUAAUAGGUGUAUACUUCUUUUGUUUCCAUGUGAAUCGCUAGGAGCUCAAAUGGAAUUAAUCUCUUUUUUUGCUUUCAAUUAUUUUUUUUCUGUUUGUUGUCAAAAUCACGCUCAAUAUGCUCUCGAAGUGUCCUCCUCAUCAAGUGAAAAUGUCUUCUCGACAAUUCUCUUUCCCGAUCAUCAGCAAGUUAAAGCUGAGUACGUUUAUUUUUCGAUGGAACAGUUGCUUGAAAUCUCCAAUGCGAUGAGAUUUGACUACUCUUUAUAUCUCCUUUUUUAUUUACCGUUUGGGAUUUAUUACAGUUGUUUAAAGGAAAAGGUAAUUAAGCACAGUCUAUAAAACCAGAACCAGAAUACCUUAAUCGACUUGAAACAGUCAUGCCUGCUGCACGAGGACUGGACUCUGAUUUUGUUUUACUUCAUUUUGCUAGUUAUAGAAUUGAUUGAAUUUAUAAAAAAUGUCAUUUACAACAAAAAAAUCUUCAAGAAAAUGGAAAUACUUUUUGUGCAAUUUUUUAAUAAUUUAACUUCCUGAUUUUUUAAAAUUUUUUUUAAUGGAUUCUUUGUCAAAUCUCUACAAUAUUCUCUUCGGAGAGAUAACACAUCCGCCUUUUUUUAAGUUAGCUCCAAAGACCGAGACACCGCUUAAGAUGAAAGUUCCUACCGAAACUAUCUCUGUUAUGAGACUCACGAAUUCAGACUCGUUUGACUUAAAUUGCGUGGCGUCGUGUAGCUUUGAAUUCAGCACAUACGGAGCAGUUUUGUCUCCGUCGACAGUGACUAUUCUCCUCUUAUGUCAGCCGCUAAACCUAGCAGUAAUAAUUAUACUUAAACAUGGUCAGCAUAACAGAUAAAGUGCAAGGUAGAAUAUUUUAAGUAAAACCGUGAAACACAGCUUUCCUGUCUUCUGAUAGGCGGUAUUUUGGUGUGAUAUGAAGUAGCGGUCCUAAAUUGGAUCACCACUGUGUAAAAGGUUCUUACUGUUAUGUUGAAGUACGUUCUGCAGUGCGCAUGACUUGCUUUUGGCUUUUAUCGAAUAUGAGCAUGCGUAAAGAGCAAGCAACCUUAAUACACCAGUUUGUUUCUCAGAAUAGGGCAGCUUGUGACGAAAGUUUGGCAAUGAAAUGUAAUGGUGCAACAAACAAACGGCCGUUCGUAUUAAAUUUUGACGACUUCCCCAAUACAGGUCUAGUUUAUAAAAUAUCAGGUGAAUCAGUCUGAUAUGAAACCGCACAAACCAGAGGGUUUGGCAUUUUUUUCCAUGUCUCCCAUGGGAAAGGCGUACACAGCAAAUAAUGCUCAAGAGAAUUUCUAUGCCUCUCUAAACAAUUUCCUACCACAACCAAAUAACGAGUUUUGGUUGACAAUUGAUCAUCUCUGUCUGCUGAAGAAAUAACCUUGGGUGACAGUAAUAACAGGAAGAUUAGGGGUAUUAUGCGAAGGUGAAUAUCACAAUUUAUUUAGCCAUAGAUACGAUUAAGCAGUCCCUAGUAAUUUUACAGUUGUUGAUGUUUGGUAAACAUAAGUGAAAAAGUACGGUACUUUAUUUAUUUUUUACGUCCCUGUGUCAUAUGAAUUGACACAACUCGGUUUACAUUCCUACAAAUUUUUUAAUUUACCUAUGGAGGAUUAAAAUUUAAUUAAAGACAAACAACAUUUGAAAUUGCCCUCAGAAGAUUAGUUUGUACGGAUUGUGUAGAAUCGUCGUCUGAUUCAUUGAGUUAAACGUGCUAUUAUAUCUCGAUCUUGUUGCUUUGUUAUUUAUACCAAUGUUUUACUUUUGGUACAAAAUGAGAUCGAAGUGCGUCCCACGACUGGCAGUUAGAAAUGCAACAAACCAAUUUUUCUUCUUUAGAUAUUAUACUUGCGUAAUAUUUUGAAUUUCAUAGUCACUAUACUAUUAUUCUUGGAUUGUUAUGUUUAUAGGAUCUUCAUUCAGAGGUUGAAUUCCUCCAAAGUAUGGCAAGAAAUAUACACGAACAAGGCCAAGCAUUACUCUCAGAAAUAACCGACGUAGAAAAAGACGCUGUGAUAGAAAAGCUGGAAAGAUUACAACGAGACAUUGUUGCUCUUGGAGAGAUUCCUGUUCUGUCGGUGUCUCAGCCUGGUUACGGAGAACCCCCAGGGGGUGAGGGUGCGUCAUCUCUCGUUGGUCCGAUGAAUGUGCAUGACAUGGCAGAAAAUGGAGAUUCUGAUUUAGGAGACUCAGAAAGCGGUGUCUCAUCGAUGGAAUCCUUUGAAGUCCCACUUCGCAAAGAAAACGGACGGGCUUCGAACGAAAACGGAUUGCAAGAAAACGGCGUUUCAAACUAUCACCUUGAAAACGUAGAUUUGGACGAUAAUGAAAUUCUUGAAGGCGGGAUCUCUGUUUCACCGGACGAGUAUCAGCGAAUACGAAUGAGUAAAAGCGGGGAAUCAAACGAGGAAAUUAUGGCUUCUUUUGAAUCUGUCGGUUUGGAAAACGGCUUUCACGCACAGAAUGUUAAAGAAAUUUUACUUUCUGAGUCACGGAGAUCAGAAGUUAACUUGCCCAUCCUGACCGUUACAGACGAGAAUGGGACACCUGCAGAGGUAGAAUUUGCUGAGAACGCGACGGAGAAAAGUCUGGGUAAAGAAGGAUUUGGUGAUCAGGCGGGUGACUUCUUCUUUGAUGAUUUUGAUGUCUAUUAUGGAGAUCGCCCUUCGGAAGCUGUUGAUAAUAUAGACGAGGUAUCUGAGCGUUACCGCAUGGCCAAUGAAGAGAUUGAAGGAGACCUACCAAAAAGUGAUGCUGUUACAAACAAGGAGAGUAAUUCGGACUCUUCACUCACAGAUGGAGCUGUUGAUCUUUCACAAACUGGUGGAAAUUCUGGCAGUCAUGUGAAUGACAUUUCAGAAGUUGCACUCACACCGAGAGUUAGUAAAUUAAAAGAUGAUUUUGACAUUUCCGAUGACUCUGAACUUGAAAAGGGCGUUUUGCGACAUAGCACUCCUACUGAGCUUGUCGCGACAACCGCGGAUAAUGUGAACACCACUCCAGAUCUAUUGGAAAGAACUACUGAUUCUACUGAGGUGUUUGCUAAUGUUACUGAAACUUGUGUGCCCCCGUUGAUUGAGAAGAAAAUGAAAGGAGAUACCUCUCUUGAUAGAGAUCUACAUGCGGACUCCCAAAAUCGUAAUUCGACCGCAGACACAAUUCCAACGAAUCCACGCGACCCGGCUCCUCGAUCCGAUCUAGAACCAAGUUUUGUGAGUUUGGGGCCAAACGAAGAAAUGGAUCAACUCGACAAACUACUGAAUAUCAACGGGAAUACCUCCGAGGACGACGUUAGAAACACUGAAGGGGAAAAACCACAAGACAAAAUCGCCUCCAUUUUAUCACAGCGUCGUAAGGCGGAGGAAGCUGAAAGGCUCCGAUUUGCAGAGAACUCGGUUAGAGACGCUGACUAUGAGCUUUUCACCUCUCGGCCCUUAGACCUUAUUGAUAGAAGCUCCCCAUUAAAGGAUCUUGAUGAGUCCGAAAAUAUUCUGCAUGAAAAUAUGUCUUUGGAUGCAUUUCUUGUGGAGGUUGAAAAGUUAUUGGAAAAGUUGCACUCCAUUGAGGAACUGAUUACGACUGACUUGGAGGAUGAGGACAAUGUGAAAGAUGAGCUGGCUAAACAUGUGGUAAUUUCAAGUUUCAAGUUUAAUUCUUUUCAGAGUUUGGAGUAUGAUUAGUACCUUUCCGUGCUUGUGAUUGAUAUUACAACUUUCCUCAAACGAUGUGUACACAUUUGGGAAUACGCCAUUUUACAGUUGUGUACUUAGUUGCCAGGCCUUUUACUUGGAGUGAGGCUGAAAACAAGCUUGUUGUGGUAGAGACCAGCAUCUAGUUAGCAUGAUAGCAAAGUAAUUUACAUUUGAAAAGCAGCAACGUUUGUAUCAUAACAAGGUCACCUUAGCGUCACUCCUUGGCAACCAAGCACGCAACUGUAAAAUGGACUAGUGCUGUCCUUACCCUACCGCUUCCACUCCUAAAAUAUUUUGGGCUUUAAUUGCGUUUUGUAUUUUUUUUUUUUCACAUACAUGUUUAGCCGCCUGAAUUCCAAUGUUUGCCCCUUUAAAUAUUGACGGUGGAUGGCGCAGAAAUAUUCUCCGGUUACUGCACUAAAAUAUAAAACACUUGUGCUUAUAUUUAUUCCCGCCUUCACGUUUUUCUUUUUUUUUUUUUUUUUUUUUUUUUUUUUAGGCUCUGUGUGUUCUUAUGUCGAAGCAACAAGAUCGUGUUGAUCAAAUGAACAUAUUGUCUAACAGUUUCCUUCAUGGUAGUGCCAGUAUGAAUAUCAUUCUUGAAGAGCGACUUCGAGAGAUAAACGCUCUUUGGAAAGAGGUUCAAAUGCGGGCGUCAUCGAAGCAAGAAGUUCUAGAACGCUGCGUCCAAGAGCAAACGCAGAACUUAGAGAGCACUCGACAGAAAGAAGUGACCGCGUUCACUGAAAACUUCUCAUUUUUGAGGUCGCUUUAUCUAACUGUCGACUGCUGCGAUGAAGAUUGUGAUAGUAGGCGGGCUGAUGCUCUUGAAGUAGAGACGCUUGAAGAGGUUUACGAUCAGGAACUAAGUAAUCAAAUUGAACUUCAUGAAUUGUUCGAGGAAUUGGCGUCCUUGGAGGAAUGUGCUGUGUCCGAAUUGGUAGUUGAAGGUGAUUUAACGAAGUACCAGGAGCAGCUGACACGAUUACAGGUGGGUGUAAAUCAACUUUGUCUCCUCAUGAUAUUUUCUUUGCUUAGCAAUGUUUUGGCAUUGUUUGGAGAGACAUAAGGUCUCUUACUGCGAGGGUGAAGAGUUGAAUUCAUCGGCGCACCAGGUGUUUAUCCCUGUAAUUGGGUGGUCUGUAAAUGGGUGGUUAUUUAUGGAGAACUUCACGUGUGUUUAUUCCUCAACUCCUGUUCCCUCAAACAGUUUUGCGAAUACCAAUGUAGGUUUAUUUUUCUUAUUUAUCGUAAAGGAACUCAUAGUGAACCUUACGCAAUUAAAGCAUAAGUUGGAUGGCGUCUCGCGACGAUUGUCUUCAUCUACACCUAAAGACGAAAAUCUCCGGCAGCAAGUUUCGGACCUUAACAGUUUAAUGAAAGGCGUUAUCAAGCUAGUCCUGUCCAAACAACAACACCUGCGGUCAGCAGUGGAAAAGAUGGUGAAAGUUGAGACAUCGUUACUGAAUAGAAGAGAUUUCGAAGCGAAGCUUCAGGAAUGGUCACAGCUUUUGGGUGAAAUGGAAAACUUUGUGGAACACUUUGGGCCUUUUAACGAGGAUGACAAAGAUUUGGAGUUUCUUUACUUCGAGGUAACAAAGUGCAAAAUUAAAUUGGGGCAAUUGUUUUGUUGCAAUGACUACUUAAGUGUCACUGUUUCUUCUGCGUUGAAUUCCCGAUCUAAAUAGAAAAUCGUGACUUUUUUUAUAUACAGAAACCUAUCACGGGGUAAAAUGAUUGCUAGCAAGUCAAAUGUCAUGGAAAGCUCUCUCCUCAUCAAAAUAUAUUCCAGAACUUCAAGAAAUUUAAAUAGCCUGACCUAUGGAAAUAUUAUUGUUGGUUUACGGUUGGUUGUGGUCACCGUUUGUUUGCAAUGCAUCGUGGCUACAUCAUGACUUUGGAGUAUAGUAUUUCUUUAAAAGGAAGAAUUUUAUUUACACAAAAAUGAUAAAAAACCCUCGAAAAAGGAAACACAUGUAUAGAAACCCACAAAAUCCUCGUGAUGUAAUGACAAUUUUUUGGGCCAAAGAGAACUCUAAACCAAGGUUAUUGGAAUUCCACAACUCUUUUUUUUUUUUGCAUUUUGAAUGCAAACAUACCACAAUAUCUUGUACAGAAGCUUAAUGUUGUUUAAGACUAAAGUAGAGCAGACUUAAGCUGCCGUGUAGAGUCAACCGAUUUUUCUCCUUGUGUUCAUAAUUUCACAGUUCUUGCAGAGUCACGCGGUAAUCCAAGAGUUCCUUCAUGACUUUUUAAACAAAGAGUCCUCUGGAGGCGCCAGUCCUCACAAGAAGGCACGUCUCGCUGACCUGAAUAAACGCUGGAGCAGAAUACGCACCAUUCUGCAAAAUCGAGAGAGGAAAUUAAAGGCUUUAGGUAUGUUAAUCUCCGAGGUGAAGACCCCUCCAAGACAACCUCUACAGGACGCUAUCGUUCCUGAGAAGGAGGAAGUAGUUUUGGAUUCACCGCCCAGAGAAAUGAAAACGCCAGAGGCUAAUGACCCAAGGGUCACUACCCCACGGAGCAAAUCUACUUCUCCCGCCCGGGAAAUAAAGACGCCCCCAAGCGUGGAAAAGAAGUCUCCAAGGACAAAAAGGAAACAAUACGAAGAAGAAUUGCGGGAAUUUUCCGUGUGGUUGACAAGUCAAGAGAAAGCAUUUCAUGAUCUCGUUGGUGAUGAGAGUUUGCCGCCUACAAUGGAAGCUUUAAAGGGAAGACUGCAGCAGUUCCAGGUAAUCGAACGUAGAAGGAAGUUGUACUUUAAUAAUUGAUUUCUUUUCUUGGUUAGAAUAUUUAAAGCAAAAAAAACCAUGGUGGGUAUCCUAGUUUUUAGACACGAUACCUACUGGGAAAACAGAAACAAUCAUGUUGAAAUCUUUCGUUGUUUUCGCUUCGUGAAUACUUAGUUUUCUGAGACUACAAAACCAAAACGGCUGAAAACAUUCAAGUUUCACUCUCUUUGUCAAAAGAUAUCGAGGUAUCAGUAUCUCUUGUUUUUUUUGUUUUUUUGUAUCAUGGGGUCGUUGUUUCUCUACACUCUAUUUUAGAAGGAAGUUGAAUUAAUAAAAAAAGGAGAGACCCGAAAAAAGGUACUUUUGAGAAAUAAGCAUGAUAAAAUUGGUAACAUUUCUCAGUUUUCCUGGGUUAAAGUAUCCGUGUCUCCCAAUUUUAAGUAUCGAAAAGAGUUCGAAAUUUGAUCUCGACUAAAGCAUCGCAGCUUUAAAGAAAUUAAAUGCUCAGGAUUGAUCUGUUGGGGUACUCAACCCAAACUCAAUCUAAGCAACUUUACUGGGGAAUCGUGUAUUUUCUAGGGCUUUUCCCGAAGCAUUCAGAGCCAAAAGUCGAGGGUGGAUAUGAUGCGACACUAUGCGACACAAAGCGGAGAACACGUAGAUGUUGAUGUCGUCGGCCCUAGGUACGAAGAUGUUGCGAAGAUUGCUGAUAGCAUGUGCGAAGUUUGCGAGGAGAGCGCCGAGUGGCUAAAGUCGGUAUUAAUCCAGUGGCAUUCUUUUGAGGAGUCCUCGAGAAAGUUCAACUCUUGGUUGGACAACUUAUCUCGGAAAUCAUUUGCUCUCGCUAGAGAAAUGCGUGAAGAUCAUAUUGAUGCUGUGUUGAUCAAAAUGAUGAAGUAUCGUGAACUAGAUCGAAAACUUACGGAGCGACAGCCGAGUAAGGAUGGUUUGGUGUAUGAGGCGGAACAGGUUCUUACUGCAACAGGUAAGGGAGAAUGUAGAUGUAUUGUCGUUUGUACUGGAUUGGUUGGAAGAACUUUUUGGCAAUCAAGUAGAACCAUGUGAUAUCAGCAGAGUAUAUGUAACAUAGCUGUGUAAGAAAUGAUAAAAAUUAAAUGAAUUGGACGCGACUAUUUUACUACUGAUACCAAGUCGAAUUGGAAUUCUAGUGUGGGUCAAGUCAUAGAAAGGGGGUAAACAUUCUGAGCAAGAAGGAAACUAACAGCAAAUUUAACCCAAUUGUGACACCAGCUACCAGAGUCCAACACCAGUCAUAUUGCAGGAGGCGAGAGUUCUUACCUCUACGCUGUCACAGUUCUUCUUGAAUUCUCCUCUUUAUUAUCCUUGUAUCCCUUUGAUUUGAUUUGUUAUCUUCAUAGGCAAUGCAGAUGUCCAGGCUUCUCUUACUCAGUUCCGAGAGAGAUGGCGCGCCCUCCGUCAAGAAACCCGUAGCGAGCGACAACGCAUGGAACGGCUCCUGCAGCUUUGGCGGGAAUAUCAGACUGGUGUCGAUGAACUGGUGGACUGGCUUAUGUCCAUACUUAGUCUGAUGAGGAACGAUGAGAUCUGCGAUGACAGUUUGGAUAUGUUAGAGGCGCAGUUGGAACAACUAAGGGUAAGUUAUUUCUCUAUGGCAACCUCCCGAAAAUGUACAAUUUUUUUGGCUUUGUUGUUGUUAAAAAAAUAUUGAGCAGAGCGCUCUUCGAGUGAGUGUCGUAUAAACAAAACCAAAUUAUUUUAUCUGAUGUUAUGUUGACGAGUACAGCUAAAGCGAGUUGUAUUCACAAAUAGAUGAAUUACAUGUAAGUCAUUUUUUUUAUUUAUGAAUGAGUUUUGCGCCAUUUUCUGCCAAGAUCUCAAGGUAAAUCACGGACACAGCCUGUUUAUUCUGCACUUAAUUCCUUUAAGUUAGCAUGGGCACUUCUUAACCUUUUAACCCCUAGGAGUGACUAGCAUCUAAAUUCUCCUUACAAUAUCACCCCCUAAUGACACAUUCAAGGUAAUGAGAAUAAAGAAAAUGGUCACCAACUAGAGAAGCUCUGGAUUAUGAAACAAAUUCUCAUCACCACCUUAGGGAAUGUAUAGGGAACAGUAUGGAGACUAUGCAUACUGAUGUUAUUUUUUAAAAAAUAAAAAGGCACGAGGAAACGCAAACCCCUGAAAAGUGCCACCUACUUCACAGCUCUAAGAAAUUUCGUUUUAACAAGUCUCUCUGUUCAAAACUAGUGCCACAGUAUUCUUUGUCAGGAUGAGUUUAGUAAGGGACCUUGCUAGCUUAAAUGUAGCCGUCAUAAGCAGUUACACACUUGUUUUCUUUCGUUUUAUUUAGCAUUAUCAAAGUGAAGUGGAGCGUCAACGGUCCAUCAAAGACAACUUGGAUCAAAUUGCGUCGCAGUUGGAAGAAACAACUCGUGGACAUGCGGAAGAUUUGAUAGAAAGUCAGUCCCGACUGGACGAGAACUGGUCGGAAUUGUGUGCCUUACUUGAGGACCGUGAAAAUGAGCUUCAAGGAGCACAAACCGAUCUGCUAAUCUUGAAGUGCCAAGACGAUGUUGAGCAAUUGGAGGCGUGGUUUAAAAGCGCCUUGGACACAAUCGAGAAGCCAGUUUUGGUUCUCAGCAGCGCCACGUUUGAAGAUGCUAAAGAACAGUUAGGGAAAUAUAGGGUGAGUAUCAUUAGACCAUUUAGUGUUAGCGUGUAUUAGGUAUUUCAUUCGAACACAUAAAGCAAUCUUGUUGAUAAACGUUUACAAAGCAACAGAGGUAGAAGGAACUCAAGAAACAUCAGGGUUAAAAUUGUUUUUUAUUAACAGUGGCCUGAGAAGUACUUUCAUUUCCGUCGUAUUUCGUGAAUUUUGUUUUGAAAAUUGUCUGUCUAUGGUAGGUAUGUAUCAUUAUCAGUAACGUUUUGGGAUUAAAAAAUGAAAAUGGCACUGAUUAUGAUUUCUCUAUAAUUCAGACAAUCGAAAAGGAAUUCGACAGCAAACGGGAAAUUCUGGAAUUACUUAACAAGAGGGUAGACCAGUCACUAAACGAGAGGAGAAACGCGUCUGUAAGGAACGUCAUCGGAGGAUUGCGGCGGCUUAACGCGCAGAAAACACAACUCGUGACCUUUUUGUCGGAAAAGGAAAAACAGCUUAAGCAGGCGCUCAACCGUUGGGUGGACUUCCAGAAACUUUACAAGGAGCUAAAAAAUAUCAAUGAAUGGUUUGAACAAAGAGAAGAGACGCUGAGCAAGUACCAGAGGAUUGUGACUCAGAGGGAAUUCGAGAUCGCUUUGGAAGAUGUCAAGGUGGGUAGCUAUAUUCGUAUCUUGAUACUGCCAGAGUUCCCUGCACACGCGUUACCAUGCUUCAGACGAUGAGUCAUCCAGAGGAAUAGUCUUACCUUCUUGCUGAUUGAUAAAGGAAACAUAGAAAGGAUUAAGUUCACAGUCGCGUGGUUUCUUAAGGAAAAUUUUAGAUUUUUAAGCAAAAGGGACCUCGUCGGCAUUUGCUUCCGAAGAUAACUUGACAAGAUAAGAUAAUAUUUUUCUUUGGUAAAAUGAAUUACGAAUCAAGUCUUCCUGGGCCAGGUGCACACAAUAGUCAUUUCAAAGCAAUUUAAACUUGCUUGUUGAAAGCGGUUCGGUAUGUUAUUGAUUUUGCUUGACUUUGCUCAGUGAUUGGUCCAGCAUACGCACUUCAUACUUUCAGCCAAUCAUAUUCAAUACUGAAAACAAUCGCCACCGAAAUGAAUUUUUUGCAAGCUCUGAGCGGCAACCGGAAUUAAUUAAGUUUUUAUUUUUCUCGUUACCAAGGCAAUGAAAGGAUUCUUAGUAACGCAACAAGAGGCCGUGAAGAACGUUGUGAGAGCGGCUGAACGUCUGCGUGGAGAUACCGCUUUCGACCAAGAGGAAGUACAAGAGACUAUUGAAACAGUUCAGGAGAGAUGGUCCGAACUGACUACUAAAGUUGACGAAUAUGAGGUGUGGCUGGAAAGUUCUGUACAGGCAUGUAAACAGUACGAAGCUUCUAUUGAGUACAUCAAGAACGUACUGGGCGAUACCGAAGGGAUAUUGGAAAGAACAAACGAUGGAAGUUUUCAAGAACUGAAGGCACAAAUCGAACAGCUACAAGUAAGAAAAUUUGUAACGUGUUUACGGCUUCUUAACUAUUCUUUGUUAGCUAUGUACGAUUAACAACUGAAUUCGUACAACUGUGACACAACCUUGAUACUUAACAAAUAUGUAAUGAAACUAAACGGUUAACACAGCCAGACCAAGGGAACUGAAAUAUCCCAGAGAAGCAUGCAAGCACUUGCAGCUACAGUAUACUCGAAAGAAAAGAUGAGUUUUUUGUUCUUGUGUCGUUUUUACGUGUGUGGGCAUUGUUAUCAUGAAGAUCAAAGGAUGUGAUUAUUUGUCAAAUCGUAGCUUUGCCACGGUCUUUCAGGAAAUUUACCACAAAAACAUAUGUGACGACAAUUAAAUACCUUUUCAGCGUCUUAAAAAAUAACUCUAUUAAUUUGGGUUCGGUAUCAACACUGCUAGCGAACAAUUCGUUUCUUUCAGCAAGCGUACCAAAAGCAUUGUCAAAUGUUGAUUCGAGAGAGUUCUUUGCUCCAAAUAAAAGACGGAAAUAUGCGUUAACGCUUGCGAAUUUUACAGGAGCAAAAUAUUUGUCGUAAGAUCAGGUUGAAGUCAUAUGCAGGGGCUCUCCAGUUUCAGACUGGCGAUUUCCUCCAAUUGACGCAACCUCUUGAGCAGAUUCGUUGUGAAGAUGAAGAUUUUUUUAAUGACUUUUUGACUUUUCCUUAAAGGCAUUGCGAGUUGACAUUGGGGAAAUCAGUGGACGAGUGAGCGAAGUAACCGAAUUAGCGACAGACUGGGCACAAAACAGUGAGCCUUCGGCGUCGCAACGCCUGACGAAUGAAAUCACGUCUCUGACAGAUCGUCAUGGCUCAGUCUCUUCUCGUCUUAUCAAGAAAGAAAAGGAACUGGAAGAUAUUUUGUUGAAGUGGCAGAGGUUUGAGACAUCGUGCGCGGACAUCCUUGCAUGGAUCGAGAGUCAAACAGCUGUGCUGAAUGAGUCUGUUACAGUAGACGUGUCACUCACCGAACAGUUAGAACAGCUGGCUAUUUGUCAAGUAGGGAAAAUUCAACUUAUUUUUGGAAUAACCUUUUAAGCUCUCGAGAUUGAUAAUGCAAAUAAAUGCAAACAAUUAAGCCUAGUGAAUGAUACUUUAAAACAAAGAAAACCCCCGCUAAGGUAAACUCCCCUCUCUGUGAAACAGAAAAAAGGAGUCAAGAAAAUUGACUUUCACAAAUGCAAUGCUCCAUGAGAAAAUAAUUUCCUUAAGUCUUCAGUGCAUUCGAUUUUUUUUUCCUUUCUCAAAUGUUCUGGGGAGGCUUCCUUCACCUUCGAUGGCCUGUUCUUCAUACCUUUACGUUGGCGCACGAAGUUAGCCUUGGCCAAUCAACGCCAACAAACAAACAAACAAUCUGUCUUUCAUAGAAAGAGUUAAUUUUACAUAGAACUAAUGUUUCCUAUGCCCUUGAUUGAUUUUAGCAAGUGCAGCAGGAUUUGGAACUUCACCGUGAUUGGCUGACAUCGAUUAACACAAUGGCAGACUCACUGAAAGAAAGGAUCCAUUCUGGAGCCAAUCACAUCACCCCGCUUAGGAACGAAGUCAAUCAGUCAUUUUCCUCGUUUGAAGAACAGCUUCGAACCAAACACGAGCAGUGCGUAUUAUUAUUACUAUUAUUAUUAUUAUUAUUAUUAUUAUUAUCAUUUUUACUAUUUUUAUGUUAUGACUAUUAUUUCUAAAUGCCACUUCUACUUUUCUAUCUUAAGAAAAAAGCUUGAUUAUUACUAGUGCAAUGAUAACAAAAUAAAUCAGCAAAUGCGUUUACAAGAUCGAAAAACACGGCGAUAAACCGUUUAAGUAAGGACGACAACCAGAUGAACCUAAGCCACAUACGGUCACAUCUUCUCUGUUCUUAUAUAUCCAGUUGCUCCUCCCCCUCCCCCUCCAUGUACGCUCACUAAAACAAGGUCUGAGGAAUGUUCCUUUUUUAUCCAUACUUUAUCUACGUCAGAUUUUAUUCAGUAAAUAUUCAUCACUCUUCUUUCGAUCCCAUUCACAGGAUUGCGUUAGCCACGCGCAGCUUCACGCAACUACAAGAGUCGGUUAACAGCGUUAUCACUUGGCUUGAUGACGCUGAAACAAGAGCCGUAAACGAGAGAGAUUUGGAAAAUUCUGAGAAACUGGAGCUACAAGAGGUGAGAUUGCCUUACUCCUGCUCAAAAACUCUCUGAUCUCACAAAUUUCUUUUAAUUCCACUUCUUGAAUAAUUUAAGAAACCAGGAAAAAGCAAUAAAAUAAGGAAAAGGGAAGAAGUUGAACUUCUAUGAUACCCGUGUGUGUGGGUUGUUGACAGCUACCAAAAUAAUAUUUCAAUGUUUCAAAUGUAGAAUUCGCCUUAUUUCAAGGUCUUAGAAUAAGUAAAAUAAUACUGAUCCUUUACUAAUGAAAGGGGCCUAUGUCAUUAUAGUCUUUUGAGCUACAAAAAAGAAAAUACAGAGAUGUACUUACAAAUCUGAACUUUUUUAAUUUUCUUGGUUUGAUUAGGAACUUUUGAAAGAUCUCGACGAAUCGAAUCAUAGACUGGAGUCCUUGAACAACGGCAUCGAUGAUAUGAUAAAUGGAACUCACCAGAAAGAAUUUCAAGAGAUGAAAGAUCAGGUAGCACAGCUUGAAGAACGCUGGGAUCAAUUCAGAAGGAAACUCUCGUCUUCUAUUGAAGAUAACAAACGGGCGAUCAGGAGACAAGUGGAAUUUGAUCAAGAACACCAGAAAAUUUGUGCAGUCCUACAAAAUGUCCUGCAAGGAACGGAGAAUUCGAGCCUUGAUCAGACAGAUGUGGCUGUGAAUCAUGAUCGUGUAGAGGUGGGUAUUUUAUCUGUCCAUAUUCUGCUACUGCUGCUGUCGUCGUUGUUAUUGUUAUUGCUAUUUAUAAUUAAUAUUUCCGUUGAUUCAGACGUUUAUGUUCGCUUGUCCCAGUAUUGGAAGCAAGUUCAGGAUAUUCUCCGAGUUUUCAAGUUUUAAUCCCUUUUCCGUUUUGGUUUAUUGUUUUUUUAUUCUUGUUUUAUUGUUUAGUUUUAUUGUGGUUUUUGCCGUCGUUGUUGUUAUCAUUAUGAUUUGCUGGUUAGCAAAGAUCGUAGGCUUCAUGCAGUUGCUUGUAUUUGAAUUUCUUCAGUCGAACGUCACUUUUUAUUUACUUACUUUGUUUUGUCUUUUUGUGAAGGAUUUCCAAUCCAACUUCGAAAGAUACCGUGUGGAUUUCGACUCUCUGCUUCGUCAGUCAGAAGAUCUUGAUCAAGAUGCGCACACAGGGAGUAAUUACAAGACACGCCUAGAUGAUAACAUGUCGCGCGUUCGUCAAUUAUGGAGCUCUGUGCUGAAGAGAGCAGAUGAACACAAAGAGCAAGUUGGUCGGCAGAAUGAAAGGUUGAAAGAAUUUCAAGGUCUGAGUUCAGCGUUGAUAAAGUGGAUGGAUGGAAUUGAAACGCACAGCGGAUUCACAGUUCCAUCGUCUGCGAGCAUUCAACAGAUGAAGGUCCACUUUGAACAUGUUAAGGUAAUAAUGUUGAAAAACAAAUCUUCAAGUUCAUUAUUGGGAAUUCAUACCAAACUUUGCCACACUUAUCCCUUUUUUUUACAUAUUUUUUAAUACCCCUCAGGCUUUUGCUCCCAGCACAAACAAAUAAAUCGUAAUGAAAUAAAAUAAGACUGAUAUUUUAACUUUUAGCUGAUAACAGGUAACAAAAUUAUCCCCUAAGGUCAACUACAAUUAAGGAAAUUUCUGAUUUUUUUUUAAUUGCAUUUCACUUCCGAGGAUCAUUUCGUUACCUCUCUAGCGCUAUUCUGUUCUAGCAACCCUUAAUGUUUACCCUAUACUGAAUGGAAAUAACCACGAAGCCAAAUAACUACUGGAUAUGUCAUGAAGUAGUUAUCAGCGGCAUAACUUACAUAGUCAGAGAAAAGUAGUGAACUCUAUCUGGAUACCAUCCCUCUACUCUUGUUUGCUGGCUCAGCGCGUCAUCGUUCUUAACACUUAAAGUGAGAGUAAGAAAAUGGGUGUUAUAGUUUUGCCAGGAAUAGUUGAUUUUUCCUACUAGAUGUGCCAAAAAGAGAUCCAUGCUCACAGACCGGAGUACAACAACUUCUGCUCUACUGGUCAGCGAAUAAUCGAAGGAGCACCAGGAAAUUUAGGUAACAAAGCCACCAGUGAACUCGACAAGGUAACGAGGCAAUGGGUAAUGAUAACAAAUCGUGUGACAGGCAACCAGCAGCAAUUGGAGCUUUCACUAAAAGAUUGGCAGGAGUACACGUCACUCAGUGAGAACCUGAUGGUGUGGUUGAGGGAGAAGGAAAAAAUACUUAGAGCUCAGUCCAAGGCCCUAACGGUUCGUGACGUUGAGAGGGAGCUAGGCACCAUGAAGGUACUUUACUUCUUAGUGUUAUAUUUUUCGAUUGAACGUUGAUGCGUAUUUCGACAUGCGUUUUCAGUUUGCUCUGGUGAAAAGAAAACAAGCUUAAUCUUGACAGCACCUAUCAGUGAAAGCGAAUUUCGAACUAGUACUUCUAAUUGUAUAAAACAAAGAACAGAUAUGAAUUUCAGUGACCAGUCAAACUGAGGGAAAUAGUAGAUGCUAUCAGCAGUGUAUUACUUGGAGGAAGUUCCACUCAUACUCCACCAAUGAUCGAGCGUUUUCUUGGACCAACCUUAUCUCUCAUAUCAGUCGUGUGGAAAAUUUCCAUCUAUUUAUUAUUUAUUUAUUUAUUGGCAACAUCAUACAUUAAUUACAAAAUAUAAAUUAUCUAUCAAAAAAUUACUUACAGCGCAUAACUUACUAAGAAACUUCCUCGCAGACUCCGAGUGCCAGUUCAAACGAUAGGUGAAAUUAUCUCGCUCUGUCCCUUUUUUGAAAUGCAGGUUGUCAGGGAAACCAACACUCUGUUGGUGAGAAAGGUCAUAGGAAAGGCUGCAUCAAUAAUGUAUCACAAAUACCGAGCGCGGACGGUGGAUUCUUGAUGGACAUGAACGUAUUUCUUUAUUAGCUUAGUUAGUCCUAUGAUCUGUUUGAUGAAUACCCCUUCUAGUUGCGAAAAUUUUUCUUUGCAAGAGAAUUUGAUGUUUCUUCGGGAUAGCUUUAGCUGAUGAAUCUGCAUAAUAUCCUGUAUGAUUAAAUGAUGUUGUGAAGAGCAGUUAUAAAUAAAUAUUUAUUUGGGAGUUAAAGGAUAAGUUAAGGAUAAGUUUGCGGUUAAAAAUUCUAUUUACCAUCCAUAGGCUAUCGCUGGAGAGAUCGAUGAACGGAAACCUCAGCUGGAUAAAAUCGCCUGGCGGGCGGAGGAGCUUUCGAAAUCAACGGACCAAUACGACUCAGAACGGAUCAAGAAACAAGUUUCCUCCAUGACCACCCUAUGGGGAAGCGUUUGUCACCUGUUGUCAAGUUCCAUGCAGUCCUUGGCUGAGAUCAUAAGACAUUUCCAACUGUUUAGUCAACUACAUGGAUCCCUCUCUGAUUGGUUGGUUAAUGUUGAGUCGUCGGUAACACGUGAUCUUGAAGAGUCGUUUCUCAGUAUCCCGGAUGAUCAAGGAGAUACUGUCUUUCAGGUUUGAUGUUUUAGAUGUUUGGCUUGUUUGUCUGUUUGUCUGCACCGUUGAUAAUGUCGCAGAUUCCAGUCGGAAACAUAUUUACUUGCAUGCAUGUAGUGGUUGUGUAGUUAUUUUUCUUCAAAAUGUUAUUCGGUAUACUUUUUCAUUGCGCAGGGAUAUUAUUUCCAAAAGCUUUAAUUAACACUUUUGGAGCUGUAUCCACCUUUUUGUCACCACAGAAAUCACCUGAGGAAAGCUCUUCAAGAGAAACAUGGUGAAACUGUGGCAUAUUUCCUUCGCAUGGAAGUUAACCGUCGUAUUUAUUUUCACGCAGGUUUAUGUAGCUGACAUAGAAGGUCACGAGAACACUAGGUCGACUCUGAACGAAAGUGCGUACUACGUCAUUAGCAAGGCGGGUGGUACGCCUUACGCAGGUGCAGUUGCUGAGAAACAGAAAAACCUGAAUGACCGUUGGCGCGCUUUGUGUCAGCAGUUGGGAAUUACAUACAAGAAGGCAGAGGAAACUAGAUACGGAUUGAAACUAUUGGAGAUUCAACUGAAGCAACUAAAUACAUGGAUGGCCGAGGUGGAGACGAAAUUGAGGGAGUUUUCUGUCGUGGGCUCGUGUAUUCUUCCUGAGCUUCAAAGGAAAGUGAAGGAAAUGAAGGUAAUUAUCAAAAUGUCGGAACACACCUUUUCUCUGUUCUUGCUGAUCGUCACUUCAUUGUGUCUUUCAUUUAAUACUCACUCCUUUGUAUUCCGAAAACAAGCUGAAAUGAAGUCGUAUUUGAACUAGUACAAUUUUGGCAGGCGGUACGGUUUAAAAACUUGUGAGAAGUUUUUCCUUCCCAUACUUUUCAAGAAGUUUUCGCUUGGCAACCUUUCUAUCGCAGUGCAGUUGUAAAUUUGAUUGUUUUGGCAUGUUUUCGUUUGGCAAUAUGAAAGAGGGAACUACCGCAGGGAAAUUUCUAUUCGACAAUUGUUACCUUGUGCGGAACAUGCCAAGUUUUGAACACCAAUACUUGUCACGGAAAAACGUUUUUUAGGGGACAAAAUUUGCCCAAAACUUGGCAAGUCAGGUUGAAACGUAGUGACUUGACCAACACACUUAUCAUAGAACUUUUGAGGGGCUUGAAUGAAAUUCCACUUUAUUGUGUAGUACGUGUAAAGGUAAACUUGUGCUUUUAAGGGAAACAUGUCAGCUUAAAAUCUGACCAACAUAUCUAAGUUCACUUAAGGAUGUGCUAAUGAACUGUUUAUGUGAAUCUAGGAUACUGAAUCAGAUGUAGAGCGACGCGCCGUUGACGUACAAACGGUUCUUCGAUUGUGCGAGGUAUUCUCUAAGUGAAGAAGCAUUUAUUAUUCAGUAAUAACUUUUAUCAUAUAAACUACGGUGUUACUCAUGGAGUUUACUACGCUCUUUUUUUAAGUACACCUGUGUACUUUCUUGUUUUGAUGUUAAUUUUUCUCUGGCCUUGAAUAUUUAAUUUCGGUCGCCACUAUUACAUUUGUAAAUUUUUGCUAAUCCACUCGAUUAAUCAGGAAGCCUAUUCGGCGGCGUGACUCAUUCGCAAGUGUUCAGAUAUUUCUAUAAGAUGACAAGGAUCAGCAUUUCACCUUUACACCCUUAAAUAAUAUUUCAUAUUCUCCACUCUGUUUUCUCUACAUUUCCUAUGGUAAUGACAAAGAGAAUGUGUUUGACAAUCAGGAGCUUCUUAAGUUGGGGAUCAUUUCCUUUAUUCUCAUGCCCUGUAAAUUUUAUUAGAGGGUGAUGCUGUGAGGAAAAAUAAGAAGUCAGUCACAGUUAGGGAUUAAAGAAUUAACAACAAUGUCGGUGAUUUAUAACAAAAUGUAUGUCUGAUUCAUUUCUAGAAACUUCGCCGGGAUCGCAUGGCGUGCCCUUCAGAAGAGGAUCGUCAAAGUCUGCAAAGGACUAAGGAGAGUUUUGAAAACCGCUGGAUAAAUGUUCGUCGCACUGUCUCAGCGAAGAGAAGGCAAGCGGAAGAAAGAAUGGUGCUAUGCAGAGAGUUUUGGAACGAGUACGAGAAGUUUGUGGAGUGGAUUGACGAGACGGAAACCGCUGUCAAGAAAUCCGAGGCAGCAAUGUCAUCAGACUUGGAAAUCUCAAAGAGUAAAUUGAAAAGAUUUGAGGUGAGGCUGACCUAAUAGUUGGAAUCCUGAUUAUUCUUCACGAUUAUAAUCAGCCAUUUUUUUUUAGCUCGGUUUUUUUUGGGGGGGAAGAUUUUGACCCGACUUAGAGUGUCCAUUGUUUUGAAACUUAUCAUUUCUACGACAAAUUAGGAUACGCAAAUAAUUCUGUCUCUGAUUUUCCUCUAGGUGUUUCUGGAAGACAUAAACUCUCAUCGUUCGCAGCUGGAACGUAUCAUCAAGCGGAGUAAAUAUCUGCAGCUGGAAGCCAAUACUACUUCUGCUUCCGAUAUCAGACUUGGAGUGGAGUCAAUACAGAGCCGGUGGGGAGCGAUUCGUAGUCGCGUAGAAAAUCUUGUCCACCGCCACAGCAAGUUGUCAGAUAAAGCGGAGAAAUUCGAGGUUCUUCGUCAAGAGGUGUACAGCUUUUUAACAGAAGCGGAACUCAAGCUGAUUACCCUCGAUCCUUAUACUUCAGAGGUGGAACCAAGAGUUCAGCUGGAGAAACUUAAGGUACUAAGGCUCUGUUAACCCUUUAGCUCCCAGAAGUGAUUGACAAGUAACUUCUCCUUACAAUAUCCAUAGAGCUGACGCUUGGUUCCGAAUGUCAUACAGAGCUGUGUAUUAGCUCGUCCUGACUUUGACGUCAUUUGCUGAAUAAUAGAUCUUGCAUAGCUUCAAAAAUCCGAACGCGGGCUUUCUGACAAUGAGAAGAAUGUACUAGACAUCAUGAUCCAUGUUUUUAUCUCAAGUUGACAUUUAUUCCCUCUCAGGGCUUACAAAGACUCAUCAAUAUGAACUAUGCGAAGCUUAAAACUUUGCUUCAAGAAGGAAAAGCCAUGCGAGAGUAUUGUUCACCGUCGGAAUUCCAACCAGUACAACAGACGAUGGACGAACUUAACUCCAGAUGGCAACAGGUACCGUUUAAAUCUUGAUCAGGGCUGUCACUAAUUUUGAACAUGGAAGGUGCAUAAGAAGAAGAAGGCGGUCGACGGUGCUGAGUAACGUUAGCGCAUUGUCACAAAUACGCUUAUAAAUCCGCAGCAACAGAUAUGUUGAUAAGUAUGGGGGUAAUUUUUAAAAUGUCGAAAUCCUUGAUAUCCCUCAUCCAUUAAGACAUCUAUUAAGCAUACUUAAACAUACUACUGCUGAGGACUGUCCAGCUCUCGUAUCGAUGUUGUUGUAGCCCAACCUAUCCUAAAGUAUUGUCUUACUGGAUUGUCAUUUCUGUAACAAAUAUAGUUUUUAAUCCUCUCUAUUUGUGUUUGUUCAGGCCCUCCACUGCUGCAUGACGUGGAUCUUGGAUCUAGCAAUUCCCAGUCCUCGCUCCAGUGCCGCGGCAGCAGCUGAAACGAAUUAAUUCGUCCCGGAAUAACAUGUUCAAUGUUUGUGAGUUUUGACUUUAAUUGUCCUUUAUGAAAUCUUGGAAAAGAUGGCAGACAAUGAUUUCCCCGCUAAACUCCACCUCGUUUGUGCCUUUUUAUUUUUCUUGAGCGUGACAUUGAGCUCUUACUGUACCCCGCACAGUACCCCUCUACUCUUGCUUAGGAUAAUCAAUGGGUACUGGUGAACUUUCGGGAAACUUGACGAAACUGCUGGAGGGCGGGAAAGAGGGGAGGGGGGAUUAAACCGAACGCCAUCCAGGAAGGUUCUUCGCAAUGCGAUUUUGCGGAAACCGGAAUACUCUCUUUCCAUUUUUAGCCACUAAGCUUGUGCGAGUUAUUAUGUUUUUGGAAUAAUUUGUCGUGUGAGACCAUAAUCAUGUUACCCGUCUUGAGAUAUUUCUUGUUAUAAAAUUAAUGAGAUUAAACGUGUGCCCUUCUAGGUUGAUAGCUUUGUUUUGAUUGGAGAAUAGUCGCUCUGUUGCGAGGCGUAAAUCCACGCCCAUUUAUAAAAGGCCUGGGGGUUGGGAAAACCCGUAACAGAUAUGCGAACCCUCGAGUGUGGGUCGCGUGGGGGUUUGGAAAACCCGUGACAGAUAUGCGAACCCUCGAGUGCGGGUCGUGUUUGCAUAACUAUCGUUAAUUCUUGCUACAACUCAGCUGAUUAAUUGAAGCUAUCUGAAGGCAGAAAAAAUCAUGUGGCUGAAAUCUUUUUCACAAGCUGCAUCCACGAUGAUUUGCUGCCGGCCAAAGGAAGCUGAGCUGUACUGAAUUUUUUUUUCUCUUUUGUUUUAGGUUAUACUUGCAAUUAAAGGAAAAAGGUCAUGAUUAUCUCCGUUUGGAAAGUACUUUUUAUGAGUAUAUUUUUUUCGACAAAUGAUCUUGUACAUAGAGAUCAAUACUUGGUUUAUAAUUGUGUAUAUAAACUCCCCCCCCCUACUCACGCAAUACGUUGACAACACUUUGUUAUUUCUACGACUGGCCAUUUCUAUACAGCAAUGUGCUUGCCAGGUUAUCUUAGAGUUUUUAAAGGAUAUUCAUAUUAUUAUUUUCAGUGUAUUCGGCUCGGCUUUAAUCAGAGAUAAUAGAUUUUCUUCCUUCACUGAACGAGUGUAGGUGAAGUAUUUUUACAGGACUCUGUACUUAAUAUGACAUAGUGUCCUCAGAUACGUGUAUAUUAGUUAAUAGUUUAAGAAAUGCAAAGUUAUUUUUAUAAACUUGUCUAAAAUAUUGUUGACUCAGAAGAGUAACCUUUAUAUCAAACGAUGUUUGUUCAUUAAAGACACAAGAGACUAGUAUUUGUUUGCAAUGUGCCUUUUGCUGCGUCAAUUAUUCAGCUUAAAUUAUUGGGAACUGCUAAAGCCCUCUUCCACAUUCCAGAGACUUUUAGAAAACAAUAACGACUUUGCGUCAAUACUUCCAUUGUAAAAUGAUUGAAUCUUCAAACUAUCAUAUCUUGAGCAUAAAAUCUCGCGGGUCGUUAAGUGUGCGCGAAGAUUUUUACCAAGGUUAGACUAAUCCAGGGUCAGGCUGAUCGAAUCCAUAGGUAACGAAAUGCAACGGGUUAAAUGAACUUACGUCUGAGACCACUUGUAAACCAAAUAAUAAAUUUUGACGGUUGAUUUGCAUAUUGUAGAUAAAACUAUAAUUUUGGAUCAAAACCCUAAGAACUGAAUGCUGCAGAAAUACAUAACAGAUUUUCACUUUAGAGUGAAUAGUUCUUCAUCGCCUGAAGAAGAUUAGCAGUCGAAAGUGACCACAUAGUGAGAAACGGUUACAUUUCUCUUAUGAAAGUGUUAUUUACCGCGAUGACUUACCAAAACGUAUUUUACUUUAUAAGCGAAUAGUUGUCUGGGAUCAUCCAGGCUUGUUUUAUCGAUUAGUAUUGGACAUUCCUGCAUACAUUAUUUCCAUUGUCGACUAAUAAUGGAAAUUCCUGCACAUAUUAAUGAAAUUACAUUGACGUCUGAUGUCAUCAUCAAACUGAUUGUCUGAAACAUCGCAUAAGUAUACAUUGAUGAAUAGAUCACUUUAUUCUACCUGAAGUACUCAUCAAGCAGGCAGGUUAAAUGAGAUACAAUGUGUUUGGUGUAUGUCGGGGGAAAAUGAGAUAUAGGUAUGUUAUUUUUAUUAUAUUCAAUUGUUUUGAGAUGUUUAGGCUUGGAUAUACAUGAGCACCAGUGUAAGAGAAUGGAGUAGGGUGGAGUGAACGGGCCGCCCAACCAUCCUAAUUUAGCUGUUAACCAAUCAGAAAGCGGUAAUCAGACCUAACCCAGUCUGACGGUUUCUGCUCUCUGAAACUGCAUAGUGACAGACUUGCGAGUUAUCGAAAAUGGCGGACAUAUCUUUUGAGCGACACCGUCAAAACUUGUUUUGAGGAGAUUACAGUUUAAACUAACGGAAAAAAGAUUUUGUAAAUAUAUUAUUAAACAACAAAAUAAAGAGUGG